ACGCUUCAGAGCAACAGGUGUUUGGGUUACGGGGUGACCUUGUUCGCUUGUGGCUUUCAGACGUAUGUGUCAGUGAUCGCUGUGGUCAUAGCAUCUUUUUAAACGCAGACAGGGUUAGUUGCAAAUGUAUCUUGGUUUAGUUUUUUUUUAUCAGAAUGUAAAAAUAUGCUCAUUAGAUAUGUCCACAAUGGAAAACUUCAGCAUUUAAAGGUCGAGUGUGUAGUAUUUAGCAGCAUUUAGAGAAUUAGCGAACAGACUUGGUAUAAAAUAGCACUGCCAUGUUUCUACAAGAGCACUGAAUGGACAGACUAUAAUAUUUAUAACAUACUGUACAUGUUUUAGUCUUUAGUGAACUACCAUGCUAGAGGCAGCUGUUGUAAGGCGCAGAAGAAGAGAGGGGUUGUUGUUUAAAAGUAUUUACACUGAUAGAUGUUUGUGAUGAUAAAUUUGACAAAUGGAGGAUCAUACUUAUCUUGCAUCACAAAGUUUCUUGUCUUCAAAGGCCACCAUAGCUUCCUUGAUUGAAAUGGUGAGCAGGGGAGCAUUUCAAUAAAAAAUCAAAUGCUAGAUAUCCUGAAUUCCUGUAAUAGCUAAGUUACAGCAUGCAGGAUAAUUAAGGCUUAAAUACGGAAAGAUGACUAAAAAAUUAAAGUUAGAAUUACAGAGUUUAUGUUCACAUUACAGCUUAUGUCAUGAAAUAUCUGUGCUUGUUAACACACCAAUAAAUACACAGUGAUCAUGACUGUGAUAUGCAGGUACAGUUCGCUCUUGAAAGUACUUUGGUUUAUUUCGUGCUUAAAGUUUCAUACAAGUGUGCUUUGGAAAGACUUCUGAAUUUCUGUUUGUACAUGGUCUGCAUAUAAUAUUUACAACUAAUGAGUAAAAGACUUCAUUGUCCACAAGGGGUCGCCAAAAUUGAUGAAACCAAAAGUCUCUCACAGGUGCUUUAAUUUUCCUCAAAUUCUCUUUUUGUCAGUCAUGAAAUCUACAAAGUCUCUCUUCGAUCUUGAUUGCCGCUGCGUUAUCUAGGAAACAUAAAAGAGACAUAAAUAAGAUCUUAUCCUAAAUUAGUCUUUGCUAUGGGAUUGUGUUGAGUCAUAAGCUAGGGAAUAGGUUGAAUGCUAACAACAUCUACUAAUGUUUCAAAGAAAAGGAAUACAUGCACAGUGAUUUCUGAAAUUCAAGCUUUUUUUGGAAGUUAGGUGUAUGCAUCAACUGCUGUCUAAUAUAACAUCAAAUAUACUGUUUAAGCUUGAAUUACGUCUUUUCAGUGUAUUACUUGUCUAUUUUCUACAUUUUUAAACCAUCAUUAUAUACUCACAGUUAUUAUUACGACAUUUCUGAGGCUCCCACUCCAACAGGACAUUAGAGGAAAUGGGCUGCCAGGUGAAUGUGUAGAAUUGUUCGCCUCUGUGUGAGAAAAAGCUGUAUGUCUGUCCAGAGGUUUUCCUGCUCCAAAAAGAAGAAGAAGAGGGAACAGGAUAACCAUUUCCUGAGUGUGAGGGUUCAACACACAACUUGGAUGCUCCAUUUUUUCCUCUUUUUGGUCCAGUUUCUUAUCAGGCAGACCAGAGAGGGUUUCCUGAUUCUCUCAGAGAAUGGUCAACUAAGGGAGGAGAAAUCCUGUUUGUAAAUCACGCUGCAGGGACAUUUCUGCUGUCAGGGGAUUUGUUUACUUGGUUUAACUACCCCUGUCUUAUCCUGUUGACAGGGCAGGGCAGUGGUGUGCAUCACAGAUGUAACAACACGGUCAAGAAAUGCACAAAAACACUGAUAAAAGCCUGCAUCCUUUAAGCCAGGUGCCAGUGUAAAUGAACGCAAGGGAGGAGAUGCACAUCACCUCCCAUGUGUGACACCUCACCCACUCAUAUGCACUUAUUGAUAACACAUGACAGCUUCAUUCGAGUGGCACGUGAGGAAGCAGAAGGUCAGCGUGUUCGUGGUGACAGGAAACAAGUCCAGGCAUGACACCACUCUUUAUAAUCUAACAAGCCAGGCUGAAAAUCUGAUCAAGAGAUCAGAGAGUUACAUGUAAAAUGACCGGAUGUGUCUGGGCACUAGUGCACUCAAAAUGCACAUUCACAUACAUUCAUACCUUAUAUGCUGAUGCAAGCUUGGAGAACUUGUACAUGUGUGUGUGAUUGCAGAGUAAAGGCCAGAUACAGUUGGUCGCACUUUUGAAAAAGAGGAAAGGGGUGUUAGUUCUACAUGGGAGAGUGAUCAGAACAGGAUGCAGGUUCAGGUUCAAAUUAACCUCAAGACUUGGUUUGUUUUUAUGUGUGAAAACUCUUUUGGUCUCUUUGGUUGGCCCAUUUAUACAUAGAAUAAAACAACAAGGUUAGCCCAGUGGAGUUACAGGAUUGUUAGUGUUCAACCUAGUUAUAUAAACAAAUAAGACACUUUUGGUAUCACCCCUAUAAUAUCUCGAUAAAUCUGUCUAACACAUCAGUUUAAUACCAGUCCCUUUCUGUGUAUGCGUUUUGCAUGAAUGAAAAAUAACAUUCAAGAUGAAAAUCUAAGAUGCAUAAAAAUAUAUUUAAAAACACUGGGUUUCAGCAUUGUCACUCCUGAUUUGUUAGAAUACCAGUGUUGGCUUUCAGUUCAGUGCACUCCCAGGCUAAUGUAAGCCAAGGUGCCCAGGUUAUAAACUCUUGAUUUUUCACAAUGAACACUGUCAUAGUACCACAUGUAAUGAUAUAUUUGCUGAUAUGCAUGCAACACGUGUUAUUCUUGCUGAUAUUUGUCAGGUAUCAUUUCAUCACAGUGAAAUGUUGCAAUGUCUGACACCUCAUAAUAGGUGUCAGACCAUACAGCAACUGUAACACAAACACUCUAACAAGUUUUUAAAGCGUAUUAUCUUCCAAUCAUUCAAUCAUUAGACAAUUGGUGAAAAAAAAACAUGUAUUUUCUUUAAGCAGUUAAAAUGAAAAUCAAUCAAUCAAUCAAUCUUUAUUUAUAUAGCACUUUUCAUACAUAACAUGUAGCACAAAGUGUUUUACACAGAAAAAGGAAUUAAAGAAACAAGAAUAUUCACAUUUACCCCAACCCAAGAUUAAAAGAAUACCCAAAUCUACCCCAGCCCAACCCCUCAUUCCCACCCCACAAUCUAAUUGCAACAGAAACAGUAUUAAAAUGCAUCAACUUAAAAAAAGGGCUUGAUUUUGUGGAAACAUGAAUGUGCGCACUGAGGAAACGUCCUUUUAAAACUCAAGAUAAGGAAAGACUGGAGGUUUAUGUUAAAAUCUAAAAACAAAGAAACAGAGUGAAAUUUAAGAAAUGAUAAAUAAAAUGAAAUAAAUAAAACAGUAAAAGACUAAAAUAAGAGCACCAAAAUAGCUCAAUAAAAGACGAUCCUGUGAUUAAAACUAGAAGAGAUAAAUGCUAAACACUUAAAUAGAGUUAAUGAUAUAAAAUUUAGUUAAAAGCAAGACUAAAAGGGUACGUUUUCAGUUUGCUUUUAAAAUCAUUAAGAUCAGGUUCAGUCCUCAGGUCUUCAGGUGAGCUGUUCCAUAGACGGGGUCCAUAGUAAUAAAAAGAUGCCUCACCGUAUGUCACCAUAUACAAGCAAAAAAUCUGAAAAUAAAGGCUGGUUUUGGUACUGGAGACUAUGCACAGAAGUUUUCACAUCACCCUUGUGCAGCAAUGACAGACAUGCAUGUGUGUAUACAACUAAGUAAAGUACAAAGAAACUCUCUCCUGAAGCAGACAGGCUACUUAAGCCAAGAACAAACAUCUUCUCAACAGUUCAGUUCUAGUAAAAACAAAAUAUAUAGUAAUGUUGUUUUAAUCGUAUGACACUGAAGUUGGUCAAUCACUGCAGAAAAACAGACUGUGAAAAUAGUGUGUCAUGUCAGAAGUUGGCUGAAUCAAUAAAACACACAGUAAUGUUGAGAUCGAGUUUCCUGUUUUCACUGUUAAUCACAUACUGACGCUUUCAGAUUUAAUUUGUCUAAUUAAUAAGUGUAAUUAUCUCGAUAUGAAAGGGCCUCAUUAGAACCAAUAACCUCUGAUUGACGUAAGUGAACACGGUGAGCCGAGCCGAUCUCGCGCCUCCUAAAUCGUAGGCCCUCGGAUGUGAUGUCACCACGGCAGCGCGCUGUGACGGUCUCCAAGGCAACGCCGCGUGCUGCAGUGACGCCAGCUCAGUCCUCGGCUCGUGGUGAGUGGGCGUGACUCGCCACGUUAGCCCCCACCCCUCCCUCCCUUCUCCUCCGUCAGUGUGGGCGGGCCCCGCUCUGAAGAGAGCGAGCGAAACACGACACCCCGAGGACGAAGAGAGGCACGGGGGGAGGAGAGAGUCGCGCUGAAUGGUGUGAGAGUGGAGUGGAAGACUUAAAAAAGUCUGUAAAGAAAAGAGAGCUUCCUCUCCAACGUUUAUUUCUGUCAAAGAAGUAACAAAGCUUUGCGGUGGAGGUAUGUCAAACAGCGACGAAGAUGCGGUUGAAGCAGAGUAAACGGCCGCUGGACAGUUAGCGAAAGAAGUUGUUAAAAGAGGGAGAAACGGCUGCUCGGCUGCCUCGGGACGGGACGGUUGACCAUUUUUUCCGCUGCAACUUCAACAGAAUUCAGCGCCGGAGUAGCGAGAACCGACAGCGAAGACUCGGCCCCUCAUCUCGCCGGGAAGUGAAGCACUCGGUCGGUUGCUCGGUUGGCAGAGAGCCGGGGAAGCGGAGCGCGGCGGCGGCGGCAGCGGCGCGAGAGGAGCCGCAGAAGUUGUAGCUCCAAAAGUUUGCCGUGUAUCCUCACCUAGUUUUCCAGAAGAAGAAGAAGAAGAAGCCGAGAGACUGACUUUCCUUUUCCACAAGCAACUUUGUGGGAUUCACCCUGUUGUGUAAACUUUGGCCGCUUUGCUGAGUGGCUGAAGAAGAAAUAAUGAAAACACCUGGAGAAACUGGUGAGUUAGCGUGACUCCUGCUCUGAUUUUUUUGUCGACCAUUGUCUUUCUUGUUUACUUUCCGUGUACAAACGCUCACUACUGUAUGUGCAUCGCUGAGUUUGACCCGACCGCACAGUUAUCAACCCGCUUCUCACCGGGAAACCUGUUGAUUUAGCAGUUCAGAAUUACUGCACAAAUUUAGGUAUUAUAACCAGAACCUACUCUCAAAUCUAGUGCAGGUUGAGUACUGUACUCCGGUUCAAGAGGAAGUGGUUAAACUACUGUACAGUUGUUACAGCGACAUCCUCUGUGUCACCCUGACAACCCAAUUACACCAUCCAGCAACCUUUCAGAGAAAGUCUGAAAAUUCUGCAAACACAAUAUGCUCGUGUUUUAAUUGUGGGUGAGAGACAGAGGGAUAUAGACGUGUUGAUAAGUUACUUCAGGGAUCUUCUCUUCCUGCUGGCGGCGUUGAGGUGAUUGGAUCUGGCAAGUGGUACACAGAGCACGUUGAUAUUAACUCAGUAACUGAGCAUACAAUUGCCAGGUACUUGGCUUGUCAGCAUAAUGAAGUGAGAGCAGGGGUGGAGGGGCGAGGGGGAUUUCCAGUAGUCAGCUGAGGUCUCUGCAUGUGUCAUUUUGUCUAAUUCCUGAAAUGCUUGCAUAAGUUUGUUCUUGCUCCCUUCACUGGAAGCCAAAUUUUUUACUCCAAAAGGAGGAAGUGGAAGUGUGGCCAUUCGUGCUAGCUAUUCACUUUAUUUAUAAUCGUCUUCCUGACGUGACCCCUUUGCUUUUAAGUGACAGAACUAGAUCAGUUUGGUUUCAUGUGUUGAUAUAAUCAAGUAGCUCGAGGAUAACAUCUGAAAGCAUACAACAGCCACUUACUGUGUGUUUCCUUUUAUACAAAACAAAGUAUGCAUAUUUAAUAUGUUGUUUUACCUGCGGGAACAAUAAGAUGACUUUCUAAGUAGUUACCGGUAAGCAUUUGGCACAAGUCCCUGAGUGUGUAACUGACAAACUGUGUGAGCUCUCUUCCCACUUGGGACAUUCCCCUCCCCUCCCCCAGCCUGUCCCCUCCUGACUCCCGCUGCACCCAGCCUCAGCCCCUCAGCCCUCCACAUUCCUGCACACACACACCCUCUCCCUGCAGCAGCCCCGAGGAGGCUACCAUGACAUCACACCACAUCCCACCACAAAUAGCCCUUUUAUUACAAGGAACUUUGUGUUUGUGUGGCAGCAGAUAGCUUAAGUCCUUCUGGGAAGGUACUAAAAAUUGAUCGUACUCACGUUAUUGGAUUGGUGUAUGCAGUUAGUGUGUGUUUAGCUUGACUGUAGCCUUAAAGGCGAAGAGCAUUGUGUGGCAUGUGUUAAGUCUUGUGCUCCUAUCUAUCUUGCACUAGAACAGCAUCUUACCAUUAUUUUCAGCUCUGAAUAUUUUUAAUAGUUGGUGAAGUUUGUAAAAGUUCACCCAGAGUCAAGAUUCAGCUGUGUGCUUUUGUUUCUCAAUAUGAAGGACAUUAUCUGGUUAGGAAAUACUAUUUAUACUAAAUAUAUAUUUAUAGUUUAACCUUUUCACAUUGCAAAAGUUGAAAUCUGCUGUUGUCUCAUAUGAAUUGCUUUAAAAUCAGCCAUAUAGCCCAUGAUAUUGUUAAACGGCAACCACCAGUGUUGGCAAACCAGCCAUGCAGUAUAUUAUUACGGUACUCUGUGUGGUCACAUAGUCGUCAUACAUGAGCAGACUUUUAUUCUUUUAUUGUAUGAAUUAUUACACUCACAUUAAAAAUUAAAGUAAAAGUUUUUUUUGACUCUUGAAUGAUAGAUCAAAAGCCUUUUCAGUCCACUAGAUGGUGAUAAUUUUUUCAUGCUUAGGUUUGCAGAAGUUGAAUAAUGUUUGUAACAAAGACAUCAUUUAGUUUUUGUGCUCAGUGUUUUCAUGAGUUUGAACUAAACUGCAAUAAAAGUUGCAAACAAGGUUAAAAUCAAGACAACAUCAAAUCCUGACAGUAUUGUAUCACGUAGUUUCCAAUAAUCCUGACGCUCAAAGCUACCAUUUACUCAUUUCAGCUCCAAUUAUUUCAAAUGCUGAAAAGCAAACUUCUUGAUUACAUAAAGCCAUGACUCAUCAAGUAGCAUGUCAUUUGAAAAUUUGAUCACUACUCAGUUGAUCAACUAAUUGAUUAAUCCUUUCAGCUGUAUUUGGUAAACAUAGUAACUCUCUCUCAGGGGCAUUAUCUAACAUAACAUCUGAUCUCAUAACAGCUCUUUUAAAUAGUUGAAUUAUUGAACUGCUUAAUCCGUGCCGCAGUCCUGAUCUCUCGAUCUCCUGCUGUUGCUGAGUUUGCAAUCAGGACAUGAGUUUUAACCCUUAACCUGUGGAUAUCCCAUCAUUUAGAACAAACACGUUUCUUGAAUGCGGACGAGUAUAACAGUGCCAGGAUAAGUGUAGGAUAAAAAAAUGCAAUCAUCCCUUCCCAGGAUGUUUGCUGAUGUAGGAUUAUGUCCCAUACGGUAAGCUGCUGCCUCUGUGGAGCUUACCUCCUCUCCCUCCAUCAGCGAACGCUUCCCCCUUGCACUCCUGUUUUCCACAGUCACUUCAUUAGCCUGAAUAGAUAGAUGAUAGGAUUUCUGCUGAGAUAGAGAAUUGAUGUGAUGAGGCAGGAAGCAGCUGGGCUAAACAAGCGUCUGUUGUUGAAACAUCGGUGUUGACUUUGUGGAGGUUUAAAUUAUUCCGUUUAAUUAUGUAUAUCUUAUCAUUGCUGUUUAGCUGGUCUUUGUUUGGUUAAAAGGUGAGAGGUAACAUAUUCUACAGGUUGCAUUGGUCAAGAGCAGACAGAUAGCUUGUCUAUUCUCACACAGUCACAUAUCUAUAUUUUUGUUUACCUAAUGAUUGAUCAAGCCUAUGUCUCUACAACCUCACCACACACUUUGUACAGCGUGUUUCAUCCGCUCUCUCUAUAUCCUUCUCCGGUUUUUCCCUCGCCACCCCUGUCACUCUUUUCUCUCUGACAGGAUAAGGACUGGUGUGUGUCUUUGUGUGGUGGAAUUGCAUAGUGGGUCCCCUGGCUCUGGAGUGGCCUUUGUAUGUGUAUAUAUGUGUGUGUGUGUGGAGUGUGGGACAAUGGUGGGAGUGGGGCAGGCCCUGGGGCUGAUUGUGUGUGGACUUGUGGGGCCAGGGACCUCUCAUUGUACUCAUAAUGGUGCGGAGUAGCUCAUAGUUUGGUGGCGCUUUUGACAAGUGAAGAGACCGUACUUCUGCCAGCGUGUGAAAUGCGGGUGUGUAUGUGUGUAUGUGUGUGAGUGUGUGUGUGUGUGUGUGUGAGGGAGGGAAAAAGAAUGAAGUAAACGUGGCUUCCUAGUCAUUUGUCAUCGGUCAUUCAGCGACGUCGUUAAAUGAUGAUUGUUGUUUGGCACUUUCCCAGAGUGACAGACUUGCUUCAAAGCCGUUUUACCAUUGAACCUAGACGCACAACGUCUUUGCUUAUCUCACGACAAAAGGCUAACUUUUGAGCGAGGACGACCCAUUUACCUUCUCCAUAAGUGGGUUUAUGUGUUCCUGCGCCAGCAUAUGCUUUUCAAUCUCAGCGCACAACCUCUGUGAUGAUAAGCGCAGUGAUUAGCCUUAUCUGUGAAAACUCCCCUGCACUGCUGACCACAGCAAAAGCCCUGCCUCCCAUUAUCCCAAUUCAGUUUUACAGCUUGCUUUAUGGGACAGUACCCUGCUGUGAUCAGGCUCAGCUAACAUGUUUGAGGGUUAAAAUAGAUGACGUCCCGUAAUAAGAUUCAUUGUCUUUCAUUAGAGAAAAUCUGCAGAUUGUAUUACGUUCCAAAAACCAUGAUUUAUUUUUUGAUCAGCUGGUUUCCAGGACUCCUGAAAUAAAAUACCUUUGCCGCCACAUUUCAGGACUACAGUUGUGCAUCAGUUUACAGCAUUAUCUGUAUACUGCGCACUUUUAAAAGUUUUCUUUUUCAUGCUUUGAGGACCGUAGCCUCUCUAUAGCCUCUACGUGUAUGAAACCUGUCACUAAAACAUGUGGCAUUUUUAGUAGCACAUCUUCUUAGUUUCUUUACUUUUUCUUUUUUAUUGCAAGAACAUGAAGUUUAAUGUUUCUUUGAGCAGACACCUCUCAUUAGAGGAAGAAAUUUGGAGUGAUCCAAAGAAGGACAGGCUUUUUUAAACGCUAUAUUUUUUUGCAUUCCUCAAAAUUUCAGAAGGUUUUAACUUUCUCCACGCUCUUAAAACGUUAACUUGCUUUUAUAAUUUCGAGUUAUUUGAAAUUUGUAUUGUCGUGUUUGCAUCAUCAGCUUUUUCGUGUUGCGUGUUUUCUCCUCUCACUCAUCAGUGCAGAAAUCCACAGGUUCCAAGGAAAGAUGGUUUGAGUGGGUAUGUAGCUCUCCAUGUUCAGACUUUUUCUGCUCACAGCUGGUAAUAAAUAUUUAGUUUUGUUUGAGAAAUCAGUAUCAAAGUAGCGAUGUUAGUUGUUUAAAAUUUAAAUUGAAGAUCAUUAAUAGAAGAGGCUGACUUUAUCCCAGACAGCCGGUGUUUUCAUAACAAAGAGGUCCAUCUCUCCUUUUCCAACAGUUCCAACAAAAGUUUUGAUGUGGUCAUUAUUGACACUAAGUGGACAAAUGACUUCUGGUAGAGAAGCCCCUCAGUUGUGGAAAUGUCUGUAUUUGUCCAAGAAUGUGACCGAAGGGAACAAUGUGCUCAGCCAGUCGACACUAAUGGACCUCCCCACCAUUAGUCCUGAGUCGCCCUUGACCGGGGAGACCAGAGAGACCACGACCAACAAGGCAGCGCUGCCCUUGAUGGCCCUGGUGCUGCUGAUUGCUGUCAACCCCACCCCCCACUUCAACCCCCUCCACCUCAGAGACCCUUGCAUUAACCUCAGAUCUGCCCAUCGACUCCUAUAGAUUAUCAGCCUCUCCGACCUGUUUGAUCAGCAGUGCGAUGGUGAGGGUCCCGCACUAAAGAGUUCCAUUUAAAAUGCACUUUUUUACGCUGAUAACACAACAGCACAACUAAAUGCGCCCUAAGGCCAUGUGUGUAUGUCUGUGAUGUGAGUUGAACCUACUUUUACCGCGAUGCCAUUGGUUGCAGCCUGACAGCGUGACCCCCACAUCGACCGUAUUAGUUACUGGUCAGGGAUGGUAAUGAGUCUGGAUGGGAUGGACUGUUGACAGAUAACUGCAACACUCUGAGAACAUAUGUGUGAGUGCACAUACACAGAAACACACACAGAUACACACUUAGACACACUGCUGCUUUUUAUUGGAAUUCUUGGACCUCCCACAUUCCUGCUUAGAAGGUUAAUAGUUGCCGGCUGUGUUGCAUUACACAUGAGGGGAAAACACAACAGUACUAUCUCUGCAAGCCUGUUCUGCACACGCUCACUCAGUGACUCGCAGAGGCAUGCAUCCGUUUAUAUACAGGUAUAUUCCAGCUCUGGAGGACAGUAUAAAUAAAAAAUCAAUGAAAAAUAAUGCCUUUCUUGUUUGUAAUGAAAACCAUCACCCUCAAAAUGCACAUGUACUCACACACAGGCACCGAGGGUCUCUUUUCAAGUGGGUAUCAAACUUCACGUUGAGAAUGCAGAGGGGUGUGUUGGCGUGCGUGGAUCGACCCACACUGUUUAGCAGCUGUUUGUGUUUGCGCAUGCAUGUGCAUUGUAACGUAAUAUGGGGAAUUUACAGAGCUGCAUUGUUGUAGAGGUGACUCAGAGUGGAGGUGCAGAAAGGCAUGUUAUUGUUGAAGAACAUCAAGUGUGUGUAUAUGAAGGAGACCAGGGUUUCUGGGUGGGCAGCUGCGUGAAAGGUAUUACUUGUGAGGUUGUGGUCGUAUGUAUAACAGGUCUUGGUGACGGCGGCGCCAUUGAAACUGAUCAGAGUCUGAUGACACGCACACGCCCCCACACAGACACACUCUCAUACAGGCACAAAGAUCAAGUAACUCUAUUCCUCUGAUCCUUCCAGAUGAGAGGUUUUAUUUUGGAUCCUCACAACACAAUGACCUGUCCUUCAGGUGAGAGCCCGGAGUGUCACCUCACGGUUGGUUGGAGUACAAGCAAGGUGUAAGCUGUCAGGACCACAAUCGCACCAAGACAGUCAGUCAGUCAUUCUCCAAGCGGACUCUGCACAACCACCUAGCCUGGCCUGUUGCAAAAGCACUCAAAUACACACACACACAGAGACACACACAUAACAGUAAUCCACUGCAACCAAACGUAAGUGUGUUUCCCAAUGGUAGCCAGAGCUCUGUCCGAGUGAUGUUGUAAUGUAUACUCUUAAUCUUCUCAGAUUAACCCCAAUAAUACUGGUCAUGCUGAGGGCAUCUUUACAGUAGGGAUCAGCACAUAUGUGGCUACUAAUAUACAUUCCAGGGAGGAUCAGAGCGAAACUAGCUCUUCUCCAUACUAGGGGGGAUAAAAUGAUCUGCCAAUUGUUUUCCCUUUCCAAUUGACUAAGUGUGGAAACUUUUGCUCGUUCUUACGAAAAUCAGAAAUCAUCCCUUGUGCACACCCCGAUUUGAAUUUCAUAAAUCCUUUUCCGAGCUUGUAAGUGUGUUAGCGAACAAGUUCUCCCGCUGUCCCAGACUGUGUGAUACAGGGAGGUGCUGAGUGGAGAUCCUAACCCCUCUCUAACCUCUUAAGUCCAGUGCAGUCAGCAGACACUCCCUGCAGAAAGGCAGCAGUGUUUGAAUAGUUCCUCUGGCUAUUUUUAUCUGGGAAUCUGCCUCUGUGCUGGACUCAGGGAGCGGGGGUGGAGGGCAAAUAUCUAAUCUAAUUUCGGACGAUGGGAAGUCACCAAAAGGACUUCUGUGCCCCGCACAUAGUGUCGAUAUUUUGUGCGAGUGUCUGCGCCGGGUAUUGAAAUGCUGUCUGGCGCCAAGUUAAACUUUCUUGCUUGUCACCCUCCCUCCUCUCCCCCAUUUACUCCCUCUUUUUUUUUCCCUCACUAAACUCUUUCUCUCUAUCGCCCUCCUUCCCUGCUGCACCCCAUGUCAGGAAUGCACAAUCACGUUUUGAAGUCCUCUUUCCAACCAGUCUUUCCUCUUCCUCUUCUCCGGCUGUGUCUGUCUUUCAAUCUUUAUCUUGUUUCUCUCUCUCCCUCCCUUCAUGUUCAGACCUGUUCUCUCCUCUGUACGUCAGCGCUCAUUUUGAACUUUGAGCCAACUCGUUACAGCCUGAUGUAAGAGAGUGAGAAAGUUAUGUGUGCUUUGGAAAGAGAGGAGUGUGUGCAGAGUACUUUUGUUUAUCAAAAGAUUGAUUUUAUGUACCUUAAAUAGCAUCAACCUCUCUAUUGUGCAAAUAGCAGCUGAAUUAUUUGCAGGUGUUUGCGAACGCUGCACUCUGUCCUGUAACAUAAGCGGUAACAAAGCGCGUGUGUGUAACUGGGGAAAGACGCUAAGUGGAAAGAGAACAUCCCCUGCCUUUUAUCAGCUGUGAUUGCUUGUUCUUUUCUGAAUCCCUCUGGGCGACUCCACACAUAAGACGUUAAUGUGUUUAGAACAUGAGAUUUAGAAACCAUUCACUCUCUGCCUCUUCCAAAAUUAGACAAAGUUAUUGUCAACUUCUCCUGGCCAGAAAAUUACAAGCCUGUUUCCGAAUGCUGCUCCUCAGCCAGACCUCUGACUUUUGAGCCAUGCUGGGGCACUUUCAGAAGUGUGUGUGUUUCUGUGUGUGUGUGUGUGUGUGAGAGAGAGUUUUCAUUUUGAAUUGAAUGUUGUGUGUCUGUGCGCACACAUGCAUACACAUGUCCCUGCAGGGGAGUGAAACCUUUUUAAGCAUCGAUUGACCCUCCCAUCCCACUGACUUUUCCUCCCUCUCACUAUCAUUUCUGUGUCACCAAUCCAUGUGCUAAUACCCCAGUGGCAGCUCCUCUUCCAUUAGCCUCCUCAUCUUUCCUCCUCUCUCCCCCCUUUUCCCUCCAGCUUCAUGUCACCCUACACUUUCUCUCUUACUUCUGCUGGACACCCUGAUUUUCCAGGAUGAGCGUGUAUCCAGCAAGAUUGUCUGUAAAUGUUGUUUAAUGGUAUAGAAGCCUGCCAGUCAUUGUGCUGCUUGUCCUGGUUGACCUGUGAGGUAUACGUCAGGCUUGACCACAUGCUGGUAUAAAAAGCAAGUUUGCCUCAGUGCAUGGGGUGACCUCACACAGACACACAAACACACACAUCCAAAGACUCCUUCCAAGAUGUGCGGCCCCCUCAGGAUAAAGUUGGUGCAUUGGACAAACAUCCCUCUAUUUUUGCCCACUGGCCAUCGUCCUCUUAAAUGUUCUUAAGACUUCCUUCCUUGAGGCACUGGCUUUCUCUCGGCCCUCCAGGUGUGUGUGUGUGUAUGUGCGUGAAUGUGUGUAUGCCUGUGUGUGUGGUUUGGCCUUAGAGAAACUGAAUAAUGCAUUGGAUCAUUGGAAAGGUAUUUAUAGGAAAGCAGAGGGAUUAAAUUUUAAUGACAAAGCCGGCCAUCAGUGCUGAACAUCAUAUAGCAUAUUCUCUCCCCCUCACUCACUCAAACACACACACACACACACACACACACACACACACACACACACACACACACACACCUGGAAACACGCUUGUCUCAUCACAUAUUUCUUGGGGAGUUUGUCCAUAAGUGAAAGUGCACACUAGUUUUAUGUGCCCUGCCACUCUCCACUCUUUAAGUGCUUUGACCCAAACAUGUCCAUAUAUCCAGUCUCAUUUAUUUAUUUAUUCAUUAACAACCUCAAAGACAUGGACUUGACAUUGGUGGUUUUGAAUCCAGUCAUGGACGGGGUAAGUUUGAAGUAGGUUUUACCCCGAGAUGCACCAAUCCAUUUUUUUCCAAUCUAAUCCAAUACGAUACCUGGGCUGAGCGUAUCGGCCGAUAUCUGAUCCAAUACUACCGUUGAAUGAAUGAACUGCAUACCUUGCUCUGUGAGUGAAGGCAUCGGGCUUGACAUUAGCCUAUAAAUUUACUAGGGCUGGGACAAUAUGCUUUUCUCAUGAUUCGAUUCUUCUACGAUUUUUUAGAUGCCAAUUUGAUUUAAAUUGCGAUUCUACGAUUUUGUUGAUUUUCUCGAUAUUUAGUCUGCAUUUCCAACACCAGUGAAACAGUUGAAUGAUUAUGAUUGUUUACUGACUAUUCCAGGAACCAUAUUUCCCCCCAAAAUACACAUCACAUGUAAGUCAGUUUUUUAAGAUUUAUUCUUGAAUUUAAAAAGAAAAAAUCAAUUUUUGAACAUAAAAAUCAAUUUAAAAAUUGUAAAACAAAAAAUAGCGAUACUUCGGUGAAACGAUUUUUUCUCCCACCCUAAAAUUUACUUAAUAUCAUUUAUCAACAAAUAACAAGUUGCACGUUAGCACUCAGCAAAAAGAAGUUAGACUCCAUGUAAACAUUUAGUGCAAAAGGAUAGACAGACAGAAUAUAGAGCGAACAGAAUCAGUGUGUUGCUGUGUAUGUGUAUGAAAGACUGGAUCGGCGCCACUCAUCAGAUAUCCGAUCCAGUUAAUUUGUCAAUAUCGAAGCUGAUAUCCGAUCCAAAUAUCAGAUCGGUGCAUCCCUAGUUUUACAUAUUUAAAUAAUAAAUCCUGUCCUGCAGUACUUGAAUCCUUUCGCUAAUCUACCCGUUUGAAGGGAAAAAAUCCUCUAAAAGUGCUUUUUUGUUUUUGUUGACUGUUGAUUAUUUAACUUAGACAAGACUGACAACUAUCUGAGAGAAAAACCACCACAAAAUCUGCAUCUCAUGCUCCAUGACAUCAGGGUUAAGCAGCUCUCCAACCCUGCUCUGUCUGUGUGUGCCUGUAUGUUAGCUAUACAAGUGUGUGUGUGUGUGUGUUUGUGCGCCAGAGCCUCUGUACAGUAGUCCUGCCCUCGGUCACAUUAGUUUUAUCCAUGUCCAUUUUUAGCAUCAGAUGUGGCCCAGUGAAAUUACAUAACAACCAAGCAGUUGCUUGUGGGUGGGCGCACACACAUAUAGACCUACUGUACAUUCACACAGACGCUCUGAUUGUUGUUUUACACGAGAAAGGUUUUUGAUGAAGAGAACAAAAAGCCCUAACUAGUCAAAGGUUGUCGAUAUAUAUCCUCAGAUGAAUCGUUUAUCUGGCAUAUUUUCAGUAACAUCGCAUGUCUGUUUAUUAACCACCAGCGUGUGCAUCUGUGUUAACUGAUUACACUUUGUGUACAUGUAACCUUGGAAACAAGUCUUAGCCGAGACUCUCUGCCUGCAACAGAUGUCAAUCAAAAACUACUGACUGCGUACAAUAGGAGGAGUGAAUAAAAUGAAUCAGUAUGUGUCAAAAAUAUAAAUACCAUUUGAGAGAUUUAUUUUCUGCCCACUGAUACACACUAGGGUCUUUGUUGUCUCACACACGUGCAUCUAACAUCACACACACGCACAGCUUUCCUUCCAGCUGGCCCCCAGCUACCAUCAUCACUGUUUGUGUGUGGGUGUUGUGUUAGUAGGGUUAUUGUGAUCGUCUGGCCCAAGUAUUAGCCGGGUUCUGUGCAGAGGUUUGCUCUCUCCCUUAGGUUAGAUGUGAGAGGAGGCAGAGUGCAGAGGUGUGUGUGGGAACGUGGGAUCUGUGUGUGUUUGUACGUGAGUCAUUGAUGUCAGUGAUGUGAAUGCGUAAACUGGUUUUUCUGCGCGAUAUAGGGUUGGGCUGUAAGACGCACAUUUUUGCAUCAUUAUUUGAUCAAUUUCGAAAUGUCUUUGUUUGGUUGACUCCUCUGUGAAUGUUAUGAUCAAAAUGCCGUCACAUGACAGUCUAGUGUUAUUUUCUGUUAGUCACCAUGAAACACACAGAGGUUGGAGGUUCAAAUGUCUCUUAAUCCAGGGUUCUGUCCUAAUUUGACAAAGACAAGAUUACGAUUUUACAAAGUGAGUCUGAUCUUUUGUUUUCUACAUGUGUGUGUCAUCGCAUUGGUAUUGUGGAGGUGUAACUGUGAGCCACGGCAGCUGUCACUUCUUGGGGAUCCCCGACGAUACCUUACACCCCGGACGGACAAUCUGAGCUCUUUUGAAUCAGCGCCGUGGACAAUAGAUUGAAUGCGUGCUGUCUGCAUGAGUGUUUUUGUCUUUGUGAGUGAAGUGUAACUGAGAGGUAACACCAUUGUACGUCAAAACACAUGAACCCACGUACAACCCCCCCCACCUCUACACACACUCACACACACGCAGACAUACACACAGUGAAGUAGCGCCUCAUGUUAUGAGUUUCUCCAAGCGGAGGUAAUCGGUGUGUGUACACUCAGCUCUUACAUAACACCAUCCAAGCGGUAUACUGACGGAGAGGAGAAAGUUCAUUCCACUCACUGUAUCUAUGCCACUCAGCCUUCAUUUCUGUGAACUCACUUCCUUUCCCAUCCUCUUCCCUCUGCCUCUUCCCUCCCCAUCCCAUGUUAAGUUUUAUGCUACUGUUUCCUUACAUGCACAAUUAAAGCACAAAUUUUUGUGAGGGUGGAAGACAGAGCAAAAUCAAUUUGCUUAACACAACAAUAUAAUAUGAUAUGGUGUUAUUAUAUAGUACUAUACUGUUUAUCAUACUAUACCGUACUGUACAUUAUGAUGGAUACAAUACAACAGGGAAGAAUGUAUUACGUUACAUUGUGAUGCGAUAUAUGUCACACUAGAUUCCCUUGGAGAAACUCGUUCUGAAUGCCACACAUACUUCGCUUCCUCGUAACAACCUGUAGAAUUUGAUAUGAGAUGAAUCAGACAAUGAUAAAUGUUGUGUUGAAGAGCAGUGCGCCUCAGACUGCAGGGGGUGACAAAGAUAUGAUUAAAUGUUGAUUUAAACUUAAGUCAAGAGCAGUCCUGUAAUUUUAUGAUAUGAAAAGUUUCACUAAAGCCAUCAGUUUAAGUUUGAUCAUCCACAUCUUAUAUUUGAUACUAUAUUUUGAGACAAUUGCAUGUGUUUCAUAUCGAUAUUGUACAAGAGUUGAAUAAAAGGUAGCAGCGUUACAGCAUGACAAACAAAUGUGCGCUUUAAUACUCAUCUUAAAUCACCCUGAGGCUUUGUGCUAUUGAAAUCAGACACUGAUGGCACAGUGCAGUAUAAAUCUGUUUUUUUUACUGUUCAAUUGGUUAUUUGAAUGUAUUUAUUAUGAUCUUUCUAAUUUAAGCGCAGAGUAUUGGCUUUUUUCACCGUCAUUCUCUGGUUCUGUAUGCGGCUGGCAGAGUGUGCGAGAGAAUGAAGGGGACUGGUCUGUGCCAGUGGAGGACAGCUGUGUGUUUACUACGUCUGAGCUCAUUGCCUAGUAAAGCAGAUUGUCGAGCAUUGUUCCGACUGAUGGCUUGCACCAUACAGCACAGUAAGGUGCCUACAGUCAGGGAUGGAGCUUGGUGAUUGUGGAAGGUCAACAGCUCCGAGACCUCUCUGUCACACACCUCUCCACUUCUUCUCUUUCUCUCGCCUUUCAUGUUCUGUUUUGCUCUUCUCUAAAGUUACAUCAUCAUCAGCCUUUCUCUGUCUCUCUCUCUAUUUCUCCCUCUCCUGGGCUCUUGCAUAACGUCCAGCUUUAUUUGCUCCAGCUGAGGAUUCUAAUCUUUCCCAUGAGGCAGAGCGCAGGAGCAAACCAGGAGAGGAGAGAAGAGGAGCCGAGGCCAACCUCUCUGACCCGCGUGUGUGCACCGCCUCGUUAACUCAAUCACUCCACCAAUUAAUGAGAUCUGGAGCGGGGCUUUGUUUACAGGCACCACCAACACGGUGUUAAAGUGUACCAGAGGUGCGUUUGCGCUUGUAAAGAUGGUUGUCAUCUUUUCUGCCUUCAGUCUGUCAUGUCAAGUGCGUGUGCGUGUGAGGGCAUGUGCCUCACUCGCUGCCUGCUGGAGUGUUGUAGGUGCGUGGUCCCUCUUCGCGUUCAGCUGGGGGAUAAGCAGUGAUUAUCUACACAGCCUGCAGUGUGAGCUCACACACAGACAAACUCAGACAUAAACAGACACCUGGGCGGACUAUGAUGAUGUGCACAUUCCUCCAUCAUGCCAAAGUGACCAUGCCGUUACUUGGCUCCAAUCCAAGAAGUGUUAUGUGUGUGUGCAUUCGCAAAUACGCCAUGCAGAGCAGUGUUCAAUGAAGCACAUUUUUCUCUGAUUUUUCUCAAUCUCCCUCUCUCACUCUCUCUCUCUCUCUCUUGCACACACACACAUACACACAGGCACAAAGACAAUAUGCUGGCUGGCUGGCAGCGAUGUCUGCGCGAGGUGAAUGUUACGUAAGGCCGAUCAACACUACUUAAUCAGCUUUAGGAGACGUGCUUAACAAGCUGACCAAGUGGGGUGAGGGAGAGAGAAGGGAGGAGGCGAAAGGGGGGGUGCAGGACGAAGGCGAAGGGCACAGGAGCGAAGACUUGAUGGAAAAGAGGAGAAGCCGAGUGGAGGGUGAGAACUGUCGGGGAAGAAGAGAAAGUGGUGACAGGCGGUGACACGGCAUGUGUCUCUUGUCCCUGUUUACGACGGGAUAAACACACACACAUAAACACGCUGUGCUCUGCCCUCUGUGUCCCCCUCACAGCCCACUGUGACGCACAGCCCUGACUGCCAGGAACCCUGCGUGCGUGUGUGUGUCUGUGUGUGUGUACGAGCGAGUGUGUUGUGCCGGACAGCGGCUGUGUCUUUCAAGGCAAGCUCGCGCCAGCAUUAAUGUGAUAUUAUCAAAAUUACACAUCCUUUAAGGUCACAAAAAUCACUGAUAUUAACUUGAAGUGAAGCGGUGGUGUAGAUGAAUCUUUAGUAAAUCUUGAAAAAGCUGAAAAACAGGAGUUUUAAAACACGACCCUACUGGUCGAAGAGAGCGUCUCCGAAUUUGACUUCUCUUGUGGCCAGAAUGUCAAAAUCACUGGUUGUGCGUCCUCCCUCUGUCUUUUGUUUUGGACUACAAAUUAUUCCCAUUUGGGUGAUUUAUGUUCAUUAAAGAGAGCACUGUUUCCGAGCACUCUGCCUCAACAUUUGGCUGUGCUUUUCAAGGCAAAUUGAGCUAAAUUAUAAUGUUUAGUUUAUUUUGUGUUUCUCUUUACUUGUGAUGGCAGUUUGUUGCUCUUGUGGUUCACCACUGUCAAGUAAAUGCAGAGAAAACACUCCAGAUCUAAAUGAUUGUGUUUUCGUCAUGAUGAACAUUUGUCUGCACUGACUUUGUCUUAACCCUGCUCAUUUUUUACCUUUUUUUCCCCCGUAUUUCUCAUUUACUUUUCAGCCCACUGCUUAUCCCCAGUUUUUACUUCUUUGACCUUCUCCCUGUUUCCUUUCUCACUACCCUCAAUCCUGAACACACACACGCACAAGCACACACACACAAAUCUCUUAAAGAAUGACUAGCAGAUGUGGACAGAGCUUUUUCCCUUCAUCUAAAAUUAGCUGAUAGAAGAAUGGCAGGAAAGCGCACGGGGUUAGAAACAGUUGGGAGGGGUAUGGGGGGGUUGGGUUGGAGGAUUGAUGGAGGAAUAGACUAGAAAUGGAGGAAGGAAUAGGUUGAUGGGACAAAGCAAAGAGGUGUGUAUUUUUGGAACUGGUCACACACGUUUCUGACGCACGGGAAGCACAGAGUCUGACGCCUAAGACUCUGGAUCUCUGGCUUUGUAGCACUCUGUUAAAUUCUUGCAUAAUUGUGUGCGCGAGUGUAAAAGCAUUACAUUACAGGUGAUCGAAAGUUGAAGUUAUUUUUGGGGCGUUUCUUUAUUGAACUUUGCUCGCGUGUUACACUCAGGGGUGUCACAAUGCAACUUUUGAAUUCUGAUAUGAUACCGAUAUUGUAGCUUCCGAUAUUGGCACAAGAAUGUGCAUGACAAGUUUUUCACUCAGCUGCAAUGUCUUUUUUAGACUUCAACAAAAAAUACUCCUUCCUACUUUGUUAGUACCUUGGUACACACUAAUGUUGUGAUUUUGUGGGCUCAGCUUGCUGGAUCAGGGUGCUGGAGCGGAGUCUGAAAUGGACUGCUUGUAUCUGAGAUUUUAGAUGCAGGCCGAUAUUAUUCGAUAUUGUUUUUUUAUUUGCUGAUAUUGGACCGAUAUCCGAUAUCAAUAUCACAUCGGGACACCCCUAAUUACACUCUGUCCACUUUUGGAAAGUUAGUUGACGUUUGUUGACUGUGUUGCAGCACCAGAAGCUGAAGUAUCUUUGUUUCAACUGAAAAGGCUGGUCUGCAGUCUGCUGUUGAUUAUUUUGUCUGACACCUACACAUCAUCUGUUUCAGGGAAGAGGUAUUACAAUCCAGAAUUAAUCAAUAAUCAGUCAUUAUUUCAAUAGUCCUUUUUGCUUCUGUAGUUUAUAAUGGAGGAGCAUUUGUAAUAAUUCUAGUCUGUUUCAACGCAGGAGCUUUAAAGCAGCCCAGAUCUGGAUCCUUUCAGCCUGGUACCCCCCCUUGUUUUCAGUUGUAAACGGCAAAGGGGUCCUGUCUGUUUCUCACUAUCAUCCUGAUGUAAUGCUGAUGUGAAGCUUGAUUUUUUUUCUCAUUAGUCAUCUAUUAGCACCUUCAAAGCUGCUCUCCUCGCAGCAGCAGAAAGGUGUUGUGGACAACAGUACCGGUUGGCAAGCUGUUGUGUUCCCUGUUCACUCAUCACCCAAGGGCCACCAGCCCUCAGCUUCACCCUCAACUUAGGUUUACGCCUCCCUCGAUGAUAACCGAGUCUUGAAGGGAGAGUACAUGCCCAUGUUGGAUGGGAGCGUGUUGAAUGGGUCAACAGACGACUCUUUGAUGUUGUUUUCUCUCCAAACACUAACUGUCAUUGAUGGUCUUCAUUUUGUAGAAAAUCCUGUACAGCGUUUUUUUUUCUUUUUUUUUUUCUUUUUUAUAUUACUGUACGUGGGGCUCUUGGAGUAACUGCACACGACUAUAAUUGUACUGGCUGUGAAUAUCUCAUGAAUGCAAGCCAUCAUCAGCACAGUUUGCAGCACCAGAGAAAAACAUGACUCCCCAGGGCCAACCACCUAUUCCACUCUUACCUUCAGUCUGAACAACAGCACACAGCUCAUAACAAGAGAGAGAGAGAGAGAGAGAGAGAGAGAGAGAGAGAGAGAGAGAGAGAGAGAGAGAGAGAGAGAGAGAGAGAGAGAGAGAGAGAGAGAGAGAGAGAGAGAGAGAGAGAGGCUUCCCACUUCGGCUGUGAGUUUUGAGAGAAGAUUUGUUUUUAGUGGAUGUUGUCUUUAGAUUGGAAUAGUUGCUUCAGCUGAAUGACUCAAAUAAAACAUACAUGAUUAAGAAUAACACAGAGGGUGUUCACAUCCUCUAGAAGAUAUCUGAAAGUAGGCCUGGGCGAUUUGGCCAAAAAAAUUAUCACGAUAUAUUUUGUCAUAUCGUCCGAUCUCGAUUAUUAUCACAAUUUUUUUUUUACUGCCAGUUUUAAAGUAUUUGUACGAAAAACUAGAGAAACUAGAGAUUAGUUCAACAUUUUAUUAACAUACAAAGUAAAUAACAAAGCAAUUUGAGUAAGAUACACUGAAAUAAGUAUAAAAAACAUUUUAACUCAACAGUACAACAAAUGUAGAUAAAUACUAGAUAAUACAGUGAAUGAGUUUACAGUCCUGAGUGUUUUUGCAGGUAUGCAAGACCCAAAAUAAUGAAAUCGCUCCCUCAGAGAUAAUAAAGAUGCCUUUAAAUGUAAACAUUAGAUGAUGUAAACGUAAAUGAUACGAUUAAUCGCUGCCUAGGUCUGGUGGCUGCACUGUUAGUUGUGGCUAAACUGCUAAUGCUACUCAUGCCAUCAGCAUUGACAGGCUGUGCAGACUCCGCUCGCGUUUUCAUGCUUAAUAAUAAUAACAUAAUCACUCGGGAAGUACUUCUUCAAUUGAUUAAACAGAUUUGUUAUGUAGCCGAUUUUUGAGGGCACCGAUCGCCGACAUACCUUGCUCAUCGGCUUAAUUACUCAACGUCACUUUGGAGAUACCCAAACCAUCACCUCACAACCGACGUUGAAUAACUUCUCAACAAUAACAUCUUCGGAGAAUGACUCAAAGUCACGGCUAACAUCUGUUUUUCUGCCCUCAGCUCCGCGUUUAGCUUCAUGUUCAGUCAUUCUGUUUACUUCUCCUGUUUACUUCUCCGGCCACUCACAGAAGUGAAAAGCUUGACUCUGAUUGGCUGUUGUGACGCAUAUUUCCUCUAUGUUUGAUCGGGUAAAUAUGCUCUCAGCUGAUCACCGUGAACGAACUAAAAUUUAUCACGAUCAUCGAUCACGAUCAUACAAUCGCCCAGUCCUAUCUGAAAGUAUGAAUUUAUUCUUCAUUAUUAACAGCGCUUUAUUAACAGUUUAUUUUUAGUAAAUGCCAAACAUUGGGGGUAUGCAACCCUUAUAGUUUUUCAGAAACCUCACUCUAGAAUCCACGUUCAAGCUUGGCCAGUGAAAGGAAACUCACAUGCAGAAAUAUCAGGCAAUUCAGAGUGACUGCUCCUUGAGGAUAAUUUUGUAUCUAUUAUGGUGUUGAACGUUUCUAUGGCUGACAAGAGGAGGAUGAGUAGCGAGAGGAGUGUAAGCGCAAUGCACAAACACCACCUGUCGCUAAUUAGUUUACGUUGUGUUUUGAGGCUUAGAUAAGACCCUUUGUUGCAGAUUUAUGAAGCCAGGCUUUUACCAACAACCAACACGCACCAGGGCACGCUCACUAACACAGCUCAAGCCACUAAUGCAUUUUUCCUUCUUAGCUUUUGUUACAGGGAGCAUUCAUUUUCAAAGAAAGACUUGUAAGAAAUCCCAGAAUGCAUCUUUAGAAAACUAUAGUUGUGGUCAUGAAUACAAAACUGCCACAUGAUACAGCAGAAGGAUAAUGAAUCAAACAUUUAGGCUGUGAGAAAUAAGUGUAGCUUUUUUUUGACAGAUCUUCAAGGUUGCAUAAAUCUAUACAUUCAUGAUUCAAUACAUUCAUUGGUUUGCAUUCAGUCAGUGCUCAUGACCACUUUAUGCCCCAUUGCCCCAUUUUAAUUUGAUCUUUAAGGUCCUUACACACAGGGGCCGACACAAAUAUAGAACCAAAAAGUACGAAAUAUGCAGAGGCGAAUUUUGACGUGCCUGACUAUACACAUAAAGCCCGAUGCGAUUUGUGACUUUCCAGGGGGUAAAAAUGCAUCCCGGGGAAGACUUUUGCCGUGGAAAGUCCCGCUUCCUUCGCCUCUGAUUGGCUAGAAAAGCUGGAAACGUCAUUACACGCUCAAGCCAAAUGGUCAGCACUUGUAGCCAAUCAGAGGCGAUAAGAUGAAACUAUGGUAACAACCGUUAGCUUACGUUAGCACAGAUGAAAGUGAAUACAAAGACGUUUAGCAAACUGUUAAAGCACACUAACCAUCGUUAUAUGAGAAAUCCGACACUAUGACUCUCCACGAGUUGUCCUUCAGGUGUUAUGUUUGUCUUUCAUCAAAAAGCACUCUGUUCUCUGACACGUCAACGAUAAGCCGGUCGGCCAUGUUGGAUAUACCGGUGAAUCUGACGUCGCAACAAUACGCUAUCUGAUUGGUCAGAAGUGGACACACAGUAUGCAAAACUUUAAAAAAUCGACCAUGAUCCGAAAAAAUAAAUGCCGCAAUAUCGCAGAACAGGAAAACGUCGCUGAUGUGAAUGCUCGCAUUGACAGGAUACGGGUUUGAAAAAUAAUAUUGAUGUCGGAAAUAAUCGCGCGACAAAAACAGUCCCAGUGUGAAAGGACCUGUACAAAGAAGACUAAAACCUUUAUGUCAUAAGUCAGUCAUACAGCACUUAAUGAUGGUAUCAUCAGCAUAUGAAUGAAUGUUUCUACAAAGGCACUCACUGUGUUGAGUGUUCAGAUUCUGCAAGGACAAUGGAAGCCACUCGUCAGCUUAUAACUCAUCCUUACCCAGCAUGCCUUUGACAUUUGGUAGGUCACCACUUUAUUUCAUAAAUAAGAUUCCUACUAGAAGAAAAAUACUUUGAAAGUACUUAAUUGCAAAAGCCCAGGUUAGGUCAGCAAGCUUGCGAAGUCUAGGGUCACAUGUCUUAAGAAUGAACAGAUGAAUCACAAUGAAAAUAAGAGAAUUCAUGCAUGCCUCGCUAACUGAGAAUUAAAUGUGUUGAAGUUUUACCACUUACUUGACACAACCUGUUACCUUUAGAGAUGGGUAAAUUCAAGGCACUUAGCAAAGUGUUUGCAUUUGAAUCAAAGUUAGGGCUUUUUUGUUAAGAUUUUUGAAGUAUUUGGCAACAAAACUUUGAAACUCAGUGAGCCUUUUAGAAAUGAGUGCUUUACUGAAGACCUGGUUAAUCACUUUCCUCAAGCAUAUGGUGUCCUUCAAAGCUCACUUGAAGCUUCACUUUCUUGAGUAGUUGUCGCAUGCUGGCAUUUUUAAGGUUCUUUAGGAAUGAGGACAAAGAAAACCUACUUCAUCAGGAUAAUGCCUUAUCCGUAAUUAAAUAUGAUAAACAAAACCACCAGCUUUGCAAGAUAACGAGUCCACUGUCCUUUGAUUGCAACUGCUCAUCUUGAAUCUUGAAUACUCUGAAUUUUGUCACUCCUUUUGCUUAAACUUUGCUGAAACCUUAUUGCAAUCUUUAUUUUAAUGCAAAUCUCGUGCACACAAACAAGAGAGCAGCAACCCAGAAAACAACACAAACUAUAACAUGAAAUUGUUUUAUUCACUUUAAACACAGCGUAAACGAAGAGGAUGUUUGGAUAUGUCGUUUACAGCAUUUCUCACUGUUUCUUCUGCUUUUACUGGCAUUCAGUGACGGAGCCUAAAAAAACAAGAGCAGAGGCUUGACUGGCAGAAAGUGAGACUCAUGUUUGUUUAGUUUUUGUGCCCUCAAACAGAGACAUGGACUAAGGAGGCUACCUCUGUGACCAUGAGGUUAAAGUUCAUGUUAAAAAAUGUGGUGCUUUGCAAGAACCAUGCAAGGGUACUUAUCAUGGUCAUACUCAGUGAUGCUUCAAGUACAGCAACCCACUUUACACUUAACAAGCAAGUCAGAUUUGAGUUUCAGUCCGUCGUAUCUUCAUAUAAGAUGUUUAUCCAGAUCUAUUAUGUGAAUUUGGUAAAUAUUGAAUUGUUUUUCCAGAAAAAAAGACUAGAAGUCGUUUGGUUUUUGCAGUGUUCACUGACAAUUACAAUUUUACUCACUGAGUGACUUUAAGUAAAAACCCUCAGGUUGAUAAAAUCUAACUGAUUUUUUUUUAUGCAGGAUAUUUAUGCAUGCUCUGCACAAUCUCCAUCUGACUUUAAAAGAUCAACUCCUGUUGAACUGUGAGCUGUCUGGUGUAAAGAUCAGGUGUCUGGCUGCUUCGUCUCUCACUUGCCAUCACGCAUCCAGAAUUUUAAUCCACUGAGGAAUGUGUCGGCUUCAGACGCGAGACAGCCGGCCUCUGUGUGUGCUCAUGACUCAGUUGUCUUUUUACUCUGUUUCGUAACAUUGUUUAUUUCAUAACGUGGUAGGACGAGGAGGGAAAAGUAGAGAAAAAAAAAUCAAAAUAAAAGCUCUCGCUGUCAAACAGAGGGAGGCCUUGCCUGGUCUUUUGGUGUGUUGUUCUCUUCAAACCUGGUUUAACUCGGGACUUGUUGCCAGCUUGUUGCAGGACUGCCGGCCUCGUUUACACUAGAGCCUUGUUUGCCUUGAGCGGCCCCGGGUUUUGGAGAGGGUGGAAAAGUUCUGUCUUGUUCCCAGCCAAGGCUAGUGGGCACUCACGCACUUAAACACACGCACACACACACUCACACUCCCUCUCUCUCUCAAACACUGUCAUGUAGCGCAGACCUCUGUCUCCUGACAACUACCUGUUGCUGGCAGAUUCGGCCCUCCCACUCUUUUCUCUCCACCUCUUGCCGGCUCGCUCCUGCCCUGCUCUUUUCCUUUCUAAUACCUGCUCUAUUUGAGUCCAUGUUCCCGGCUUGAAAGGAUUAAUUGCCGUUUAUGCUUUAUUUUUUUGUUCUGUUCGUUUCUGGGGGUUAUUUUUAGGCCUUAAGUGUCUGGUUGCUAGGAGACUCUUGGAGAGGGAGUGCAAGAGAGAGAGAAUGGAGGAGAGUUUGCGUUGUGAAGGCUGAAUUACAAACACAUUCACGCACUGAGUCAGCACUGACACACACUCACACGCAUAAAUAUACACACAUGCAGGGUGUUUUAGUCUGAAGCUGCUAUUGUGGACUUGUUUUUCUGGUUCUGUGUAUAUUUUCAGCAGGACGAAGCUCUGUGUUUGUCAUAUGUGUUUGAAAAUCCAGACUCUUCUGCAGAACAUGCUGUCACAUACAUGCCCUCGUCGGUGAAUGUAUAUAUUUUAAGACCUAAUCAUGCACUCAGGGUCUGAGAUUCAUAAUAGCGCAUGCUAGGAAGUCUAGUGCAACAAGUGUGCAACAUUUUCUCUCUACUUUCAGUCCGUUCACAUGUUCACAGACAGCCAUCGUCCUUGAGUUGUGAUACUCUUCAGUUCCAGGCUGGUUCUGAUUCCCAUAAGACUUAAAUGCUUAUCUAAAGAAAUAACAUACACACGGACAAACACGCACACUCACAGGAAACAGACCUGUGGCUGUGGUGCACAACAGUUGCUAACAUCCUGUCCCGCUCAAGUGGCACAUUCCAGGAAACCAGCACCUAAAAGUGCCACCUAUCUCUUAGAAACACACUUACAGAUACACAAACAGAUGUAUGGUCCAUCAUGUCACACCUUAUUUACUACUCUGUGACGAAAUCACCCUUUGACCCUGCAAUUUGAUGAUAACAGGGUCAAAGCUGCACGUCUGAAGCUCAAUGGUGACGACAAAUAUUCAUGUCCUGACAGUCCUUUAUCUCAGAUUAAUCAAAUGAUGUUAAAUUCAGGAUUUGAGCGUGUGAUUUAUUAAAUGUAGACGCAUCGUAUAGAUGCAAAUAUAAUGGCAGUGUCUCUCUUCCUACAUGCACAGGUGUCAUCGCGCACACACACACUCUCUCAUGCAGGCAUUAGUGUGUGUAGGCAGUAUGUUGUUGAACCAGAGGUGAAGUGUCAUCUGGCAGCUCUUUGCCAAGCUGUUGGCUGCAGGAGUACAUUAACAGCCGCCUGUGAGGUGGAGCGACAGAGUGAAAGAGAAGAGAGGCGCCUGUGGCCUCUAACACACUUGUGUUAGCCUUAACAGCUUUUCCCGAAAAAGUCACUUUGAAGGAAAUUAUCAGGCCAUCAUGGGAAAAUAACACAAGACGGACACUUCCCAAAGCAUUUAAAGACCAGGGGUGAAAAUUAAGAGUCUGAUUCAGAUGAUAUUUUCAUUUUUUCUUUUCUAGGUAUCAAUUCUGACAUCUAUUCUUGAGUUUUGAACAGAUUUAUUCAUUGGCUGGAGAGUUGUGAGGUCUGUGGUUUUAAGUUGACUGUGUUUGUGUCUUACUUCUUUUUAUGGUUUUAUUUAUUUAACUUUUUUUGUGGCUUUUAUUAAUAUUGAUUCUUUGGUAGAUAUUGUCAUUUCUUAAAACGUGUUUAAAAAGUCUCAGUGUAAAGAAAGAAUAGCUGUAGGUGUAGAAAUGACAUAAUGGCAGACAUUUUUGCUUUGCCAGAGAUUACACUCUUGUUUUUAUUUUUGUCAGACUUUUUUAUUAACAGGGUCUAGACCUGUUCCUUUUUUUGGAAAGCAUCUUGGGGUAACGACUGUUGUGAUUGGGCGUUAUAUAAAUGAUGUUUAAUUGGUUUGAUUGAAGACUUUUGGGGGGUUUCAAAUUCAUGAUUUUAUCAGAAUAAAUAUUGAAGUGCUCUAUGAUACCUGAAAAUUUAAAUGUAGGCUGUAUCUAGAGGGGAAAAAUAGUUUGAUUUCAACUUUAAGACUCUAAAUUUAGACUGUUUUUUUCAUGAUGGUCUUUGAUUUUAGUAUGAUGAUGAUGUUUGUGUGUGUGUGUAUGUGUGUCCAAGCAGAGAGUGUUAAAUGUCCUGGGAGCAGAGCGUCACUUUGGUGAGAGUAAAUAUACCAAACAGUAUCUAGAGAGCAACAGGACUCUUCUCCCACUGACACAAUAUUAUUCUGCUCUUCUUAACACACUCUGGGGAGCACAUUCACACACACACGCACAUACACACAUUCUCCCACUAGGGCUUGUUUAGAAGUGUGAUUACUCUGAGGGAAGUCCAGUUGUCCAGUCCACCUGAGAGCGCAUCAGGUGCAGAGCCUCAGGCCUCAAGUGUGGACAGUGCUGGUUGUUAUUGUUCACAUGGUGCUUCUGUCCUACAUGUGUUUGUCGCUGUCACAGACUUUUUGCUCUUUUUAGCGCACAUGUUCCCGUGUGAAAAAGCUGAGGAGGUGUGUAUGUGUGUGUUUGUGCCUUUUCUCGGUACUCCCAGGUGUAGAAGCGCCUGUUGUGUGUACAUGUUGCCAGUUACAUGGUCUGUGUAUUGUGUUUAGUUGUCUCAGGAGGACACACUAAGACACUCACAGAAUAAAAUCAAGUUUUAUCAACAUCUUUGGAUAUGGCAGUUUUACCUCAAGGUUUGUCCAUUAAACUUGCUUUAUUUUACCAGUAAUUACAAAUAAAGUAUAAGUUCAAACAAAACCCAAGUAUCUUUUGAAUAAUGUCAAGCUUGCUGGUGGACAGAAUUUAACUUAAACAAUAUACUUUGUUCUUGUCUUGCAGAAGUUUGGUUUAGUUUUUCAAAAGUAGAGAUAUCAAACCUGCAUAGGAGAGAUUUAAAAACUUUUAUUGUUUUUAAAUCACCAGAUAAUCUCAAGAUCUCAAAUCACCAGAUAAGAUGUCUUGUAUGUUUCAAAUUAUUGCGCCCUAUUCUCUUCGGGUGACUUAAAAGGGGCGAUGGUGGCCUUAUGGGGUGCUCACACCAAGCGCGAGUAAAAUCAUCUACUCGCAUAAUUAGUGCGUAUCUAGAUGCAUGAAUGAAUAGUAUUUACUUGCUUCAUUCACGGUAAUUUCAACGGUAAUUCCUGCCAAUUUAACCGGCGGAAUUAAGUAUUAGACAAAAGUUUUUACCAGGUAAUCCGACCUCCUCUCUCACUUGCCUACAGGCGAGCUCUUUUUUAUUAUGGUUUAAAAAAUUGAAAGAAAAGGUAUCAUGAUUCGGGGCACCCGCUGACCGACACAAUCAUUUUGUCCUCCAUUUUAGAAACCAGUGAACAACUGUCCGUUUUCAUCCGUCACCCGCAACUUUCGUGCUGAUUAGUUAUCACCAUGCGAAUAUCUGCACAAGUUGAGACAUUUUCAGCUCGCGCCCAAUUCUUGUCAUCCGCGCCGCCAGAGUAGUAGGAGCGUCUAAUCGCGUCUUUGCAUUGGCUUAACAUGUAAUUCAUUCGUGCGAAUGAUUUUACUCACGCUUGGUGUGUGGAGACAGUAACAGUCUCCUGUGUGCCCCUUAUACAAAGGUUAUGCCUCAGACAGCCGGCCCAGGUCCCCUUCCAGCCUGUGGCUCCUUUCUUGCAUGUCACUCCCUGCUCUCAGUAAUCUCAUUAGCUAUUGUACAUCAUACAGACACUCCGCUGUCCAUUUCAGUCUGUUUCAUAGCCCAUCAAUGACUCCUCACAGGAGCUUUAAGUGGCUGUCGUACAAGAAAAGUUUGUGCUGUGAACAGUUAUGUCAUAUGUUAUUUGUAAUUUCUUGGUUAAUACAGAGAAUCCACUGGUCCAGCUCAUAAAGGAGAACAUUGGCUGUAACUCACUCUUCCACACACUUCAAAGCUUUUCCUCACUUAAUGGGUAUUUGAACCAUGCUGUGACCCAACAGACUGUACAGACUGUAGCAUGUGAAUUAGAUGAGGAUGACUGCUGGAGAGAAGCUUGUUCUGGAAGAGAGGAUCCCUAUGGAUAUGUUUUUUUUUCUCCUCCAUUCCUCGCUCCUCCCCUACAAUUUCCUGGAAAAGACGUCUGUCUGUUCGCUGUUAGACGAGCUCUACAGCCGCGAGCAGAGAGAGGCACAGAGACCAAACCGUUCAUCUUACGUCAUGUCCCUCUCAUUCUCUGUCCCACUUGUUCCCUCCUCGCCGCCUCCUCUUCCUCCUUGAGCACUUCUGUACUUUCCCUCUUCUCUCCAUCCAUGUUGUGUGUUCCUCUCUCUCUCUGUCUCUCGCCCUCUUGCUCUCUCACUGUUGAACAAUAACCUCAGUGUGUGUGUGUGUGUGUGUAAGUGUGUGUGGCACUAUUUUUGGCCCCUCCAAGGCCACAGAGCACUCUGCUCUCUGGUGCUCUUUCUGUCUAUCUCUUCUCUGCAGCUAUAUUGCUGUAAAGAGCUUAUGGAAAAUGUAAACUGUCAUGACCUCUAGGAAUAAUUGAGCAGCCCUGCAGGUUAACAAGUUCUGUGAAUGCUCUUAGACGUCCGACAAGAACACUUUCCUUCAAGGGAAUUUUGUCAAGAUCGUCACAACAGCUCACAUUUCUGAGGAAAGAGUCCACAAUGGGGAGUCCAGUUAUUACUUUGACUCAUAUUGAUACUUAUUUUGUCAUAGGCCACAAACUGACACAUGCCAAAAUACCCCUGGAGAUGGGCGCUAACAUUUUGCAGAUUUGAUGCCAAACUAACAAACACACCUUUAACUUGACAAAGAUCGCUCAGACCGGAGUGUAGUGGCUUUACAUAUCAGUCAGUAUGUUUAUUCUAUCACUGUCCUUGUCCCAGGUCACAUGCACUGGGAAAGAAUCAAAUUAUUGACAGAUGCAUGUCCACCUCUGCUCCGAUAAGUAGCAACAUGUCCCCUUUAAGGUCCUUACACGCCGCGGCCGACGCAAAUAUAGAACACGAAAUUACGAAAUAUUCGGAAGAGAAUUUUGACGCCCCUGACUAUACACAUCAAGCCCGAUGUGAUUUUGUGACUUUAUGACUGUCCAUAUAUUGUCCUUCAGGUCGUUAUCUUUGUAAUGCUUUUGUCUUUUAUCAAAAAAGCACUCUGUUCUCCGACAAGUAAACAGUUCGCUGGUCGGCCAUGUUGGAUGUAUCGGUGAAUCAGACGUUGCAACAACACGCAAUCUGAUUGGUCAAAAGUGGACACACAGUAUGCGAAACUUUAGAAAAAUUGACCAUGAUCCGAAAAAAUAAAUGCUGCAUUAUCGCAGUACUGGAAAACGUCGCUAAUGUGAACUUGAAAGGAUACGGGUUCGGAAAAAAAUAUUGACGUCCGAAAUAAUCGCAUGUUAAAAAUGGUCCUGGUGUGAAAGGACCUUCAGACUUGUAACUUUUGAGUGAGUCGUCUCCCAGUUGACAUAUUUUGUGCGAACCAGGUUAGGAAGAGGCUUUAUGGGAUGUACCUGGAAUAAUAAAAAGACCAUCACUGUUAAAGCUCUGUGCCGUUGGUUUAGGGAAGUUUGCUCUUCUUUAUGUCCUUUCUGUAUCUGUUGAGGUUUUGUUCACUACCUGGCUUCCCAGUAACUCAUCCAUGUUCCUGUUCGCGUAUGAAUAAUGCAGCAUACACAGAACGCUUCAGCCAGUUUCAGUUAACUUAAGCCGUCUACACGACAGAGAAAAUCAAUCCCCAACUACAUUAUCCACGUGUGUCAGUCUGACUGUGAGAAGUUUGAUUUUGUGAGGUUUCAGUCGGACUGUUAACAAUAGUAAGUUAAGAUUUAGUCAAAUAAAAGCAGUACGUGAAUUUUUCAAAACUGCACGUUUAACAUACUGAGUUUGAAGCAGGCACUCAUGAACUCAAUGCCUCCUCUUAUACAGUCUUGUGAUAGCAGUUCAUCAUAAAAAAUGUAGGAGGGGAUAUUUGUGUUCUGCUUUAGGUAAGCACACAGGAAACUUUGCUCAACAAUCACAAAGAGUUUUUCCCCUGAUCUGCCUAUCCUCUGGAUAGACAUCUGAUUAGACCUUAUCGUGUAGCUUUUUUCUGAACACACGUCUCACUCAGUUAUUUUUACUUCUCUGGAACUGAAGAUCUGCUUUUGUUUUCCCCUGUUCAGUUGUUUUACUUUGCUUCAAUACAAUCGUACCCUGAGUAUUCUAGGAUCUUAGAGUUUUUGUUGAGGUCCUGGUGAAAUUUUCAUUUAUUGUAUCACACCAUGAAUUAGCUAACCCGGUCAAUAACCAGCAGGUUAUUCCAUAAUGAAAAUCAAUGUGCUCUGUGACCUUUACAAAUUAAAUCGAUUGUGUUAUGUUUACAUUUCAGCUUGUAUAAUAGUGAACUAUUAAAAAAAGACAUUUGGCUCCAGGGUAAAUUUGACUCUGAUCUUCUCCGGUAUCCACUACUUUCUCCUCUUUCUGUCACUCCUCUGUGUCUCUGUCUAUCUCUCCCAGCGUCUCACUCUCCAGCCUUCCUGAAGUAUUGGCCUAAUGAAUUCUUAAUGGACUUGGUGGGAAUAGUCCAGACACUUUGGGAUUCAGGCGUAUGGGCUCUGAUUACCCUCCUCCUGCUGCUGAUCCCACCCUCCUCUUUCUCUGUCUCCUUUCACUCUUACUUUCUCUGUCUCACCCUCCAAAGUCUUUUAUUAUCCCUCCAUCCCUCCCCUCCACCUCCUGGUCUUGUGUUUCUGUCCUCUGUUCCCCGGAGUUUGGCGCUUCAGGCACUUUCUCUUAUCCAGGCGGCUAUGACAAAGACAAUAGCGAGUCUCUUGGUGAAUGAGUGGGCUAUAAGCAAACACUGACUGUCUCACAUAAUUUUUCUGUAAUUUUACUGACUCUGAGCUAACAGUGAAUACACACACGCAUGUUUGUUUACCACAUCCGUGCUAAAGCUGAGUAGGUUUAAAGUAGCGCGGUACCAGCCAACUGCCACUAAUGGCUGUUCAGAGGCCCCGGCCCAGUGUAAAAAGCCUGAGUCUGCAGCUCCACUGUUAGUUUGGCACAGGCCUGUCAGUUGAUUUGCUGCUGAGUAGGACUCGCAGCUUUGGGAAUCGCUCCUCCUCAUCUUUUUUCUCACUCCACUACUUCGUCUGACUGCCCGUCUGUCUCUGUCGGCUUCCCAUCAGCUCUCGCCCUCCUGGCACUGCUCUCCCAGGUCGUGGCUCUGAGGCUGUAAAGUUGCCAAAAGUUUUGGCGCAACAAAUCUUUUCAUCAUCGAUUCAUUUGAAGAUUCAGCUUAAAGUCAUAGCUCUUAAAUCUCAGAGUUGUGGAGAUUUUGAUUAAACAAAUGUUUUAUUACCUUAAACACAGCUGGGUUUUCUUGUAUCCCAAAACUAUUUGAAACUUUUGCCUAUAUAGAUGUUGUUCUACUGGGCGUCCUUGUCCUUUUUGUUUUAUUCGUGGGGGAAGAGAUAACAUUGUCUUGCCUGCUUGCAACAAAUAAGUUAAGUAAAGUUAAAGAACCAAGGACUUUAAACUUUCCACUUUAUCUGCAUACAAAUUGUGAGUCAACUUAUAGUGAUUAUAGUGCAAAGAUGUAGCAAAUUGUGCUUGUUGGAUCUAGGGCUGGGCAAUAAACCAAAAAUUUACAGAUACCAAAAUUUACGACAAUAACCGAUUUCAUUUUGCACAUGUCAAUAUAUUUGGUGUCAAAAAAAUAGAUAAAUAAAAUUUGAUUUUGGAUUUAAUUUUGGAUGUGUGUAGGUAGGCUCUGGUCUCACAUCCCUUUAAGACGCCGUCCUAUGCCGGACACGUGACUCCACCCCAUCCAGUCCGGAACAAAGAGGUAAAGACAGGUGAGGAGAUGGAGGACGGUUCAAAAGUUGUAGCGGCUGGACUAGCGGCUGAAGUAGACGAAGUUAAUGUGAGAGGGGUGAGCAGCUUGUGGAGUAGUUAUCGUCCAUUUAUCGUUUUCGAGGUGACCUGCUCCAUAUAUCGUGAUAUUGAUUUGAGGCCAUAACGCCCAGCCCUAUCAGAACUAGAACUCCUCAUCAAUUCGCCCAAAACACAAUGCAUAAGACUGCCUGUAAUGCAGUCAAGAGGAAACAAUUGUUAAGUACCCAUGCAGUAACACCUAACAGGGUAUUACCAGAACUGGUAUUUAUGUCGUUUAGUCAAUCAAAAGGAGCACAUCCAACAUUUUAAUAUGUUCAGGUUUGUCAGUGUCGAUUUGGCAGCAGUGAGGAGAACAGAGAGACCAUGUUUGACAGGAAGAGAAUUUUAUGAAACUUCCACAUCAGCAGAAAAAAAAUAGAAACAAUAUGCUCACCGGAGUGUUGGUUUAUUUUAAGUCAUAAUGUCAUCGCAAAAUUGAAUGACGCGAUUGCACGCGGCACAGUUUCCUCGUAUCGUGAAGGCUCAGUGUUUGUGAUAUUCCCCAGCAGUAUUGUCAGAAGGGCUUUCGAGAGAACACAGAACCGCAUCAACAAUUCAGAUAAAUUAUGAACUCCAAGAAGUAGGACAAGAACUCAUGUGUAACUUGCUAAAUGGAGCAGGAAUAAAAAGACAAUCCUAGGGCUAUGGUAUCAGCUGAAGUUUGACCAAAGUUGCCCUUUACCGAGGCUUAACACUCUCUUUGGUUCUCCACAGCUCAGCCAAAAGUGCUCUUCUUCUUCUUCCUCUUCUUCUCCUUUAAAGACGUUUCUUUUUCUUCCAAUCUUUUCUCAAUCAGUUGCUUUCAUCCCCUCUGCCCCCUCUCUUCUUUCAUUGUGUGUGUAAAGAGAGUGGAGGUCAUUGUUGGACUGGUGCACAUAGCUGGAAUAGCAGCGGUGUUAGAAGUCUGCUAGAGGCCUGCCACCGAGAUCACACAGAGGAAAAGAGGCAUCCGCACUCCUGGAGUGGAGGAGGAUGAGGAGGAGGAGGAGGAGGGGGGUGGAGGGCAGAAGGAGGAGGAGGGGGGGGAAUAAGCAAUCUGAUCUGGAUGACAACAGACUACCAGACGAGCUAUGAUCUCAUCCCUCCCUUCACGUCCCCCCCCUCCUCUUUCCUUCCCCCUCCAUCCUCCCCCUCUCUCCUCUCUCCCACUCUCACCAUUGUCUCUCUUUCUCUCUCCCUUCCCACUUUUGUUUCCCCGCUCUCCCUCCCCCAUGUCUCUCUCUCUCUCUCAGCUACUUUCUUUUCUCUGUUCUCCGCUUGUCCUCGCGCUCUCUCUCCCAUCUCGCCUUGCCUUCUUCUCUUUCACUCUGACCCCCCCUCUCCUCCUCCUCCUCUUCAUCCUUUUUGCAUCACUUUCUACCACCUGCCCCUCGCUUGUCCCAACUCCAAACGCACACACACACACAUACACACAUGCACACACUCACCUCUUGACGCACUUGCACUCUCUAGUGUCCCAGGGCAGAGAUUAGGCGCACCCCUACCGUCAACCCUCCACACCAGUCUCUACAUUAUUGAUGCUGAAGUCUGUCUAUGUGUGGGUGAGAGUGUGUGAGAGAUGUGCAUGCAUGCUGUAAUGGCUAUCUGGUGUCUCCCUCGGGAGGGAGUGAUGAGGGUGAGGAUGGGAAAGGAGCCAAAGAGAGGGAGAGUAGAGGUCAGGAGGGUUAAGUGUGGUGGAGGGGGGUUACGUCGUGCUCUGCAGGCUCUGUGACGCUUCUCUCUCUUCUUUAACUUCACUUUAGAUCAUACCCCCUCUCACACACACACACACACACGCAAAUUCCAAAAAUUCCUCUCCGAAAUUCUCCUUUGGGGUGUACGAGGCUGAUGAAACGUAUCUGUGCGUGUGUGUGUGUGUGUUAGCUGAUCCAGUGUGAGUCAGGACAUCUCAGCCUGGGUUGGGCUCUGGGUGGAGAGAAGGACAAAGACACCUGUUCUUGCUCUCAGCAUUCCUGUAAACAUAAUCCUCACCAUCUCUCCCACACACACACACACACACACACACACACACACACACACACACACACACACACACACACACACACACACACACACACACGUCCAUCCAUACUGCACUGCAAAAGCAUAGAGCACAUGUCACAGAGCACAUGAUGUAAAGGUAUCUGACAGGUAAACUACACAAAGUACCAGACUCUCUGUUGUGUAUUUUUACUGCACACACACACACACAUGUGCACUGCAGCCAUGUUGCAUGUCUACAUGGUAUUUACAUGCUUACUUUAAAACAUGACAGUGACGACCACAGUUGAUCGUAUGCAUUCUGAGUCGGAGAAUGUUCCUCUGACUGUAUUCACUCACAUCCAGUCCUCCAAGUAUUUACAGGAAAUCCAUAUCACCCAGAGACUAAGGUGAAAUAUGGUGGUGUCUGUGUGUCUGUGUGUGACCUCUGUGGUCUGCAGCAGGGUCAAAAAGAUCAUUGCAGAUGAAACUUGAUACACACAUACACACGUACGCACAGGCCCACUUGGUCAUUUCAAAUAACUGACAGAAUAGCUUCAAAUUUUGAUGAUAUUUUCUUUCAUUUUAAUCCUUGUUAGUGUUGCUCGCUCUGUUUUUUGGACAACUUCUGCAUCACAUACAGACAGCUGCGCACAAAAUGACCCGACAAAUGUUGGCCCAGAUCCGCGUCAGUGUUGCAGCUGUGAGCUUAGACGGGUCAGUGGUUGAGAAACGGUCACUUUUGCUCCUCUCUGCUCAUACCCUUUUCCUCCACAUGGCAACCAUCUCUGUCUUACAACUGAACUUAAUACGUUAUCCUCUGCGGUCGGUGUUAUUGUUGGAUGUGCAUACUCAGUCUGACCUGUUAAUAAUCGCCCCCAUGUGUUUUUCUGUGAUUAUAGUGCACUCAGGGUGUUUAAGAAAUAAAAACGGGGGAGAGUGGAAAGGGUGAUUUUUGUAUGUGUAUGAUAGCUGCUACCUACAACGUUCAAGUCUGGAAAGUCUGAGCAACUAGAGACACAGACGGUGCAGUUUUUGCUGUUUUUACACCCAUGAUCAUUUCACACAUCAUGAUGUUUGUGAUAAAGAACAAUAAUCCAUAGUUUGAAUAAAGAGGCUAAGCUGUCUGCACAGCCUGCUUGUUAAUUUCCUCCGACUAUCUGAAUAAUAGUCAUCGUAGACCAAAUCCUGUCUGGAGUUUCGAGAUGGAAAAUGUGUAGGCAACCUGUGCAUUUUUUGACUGAUAUUCAAAAGUCUUUAUUUUGCAUCGCAAAAUGACUCGCGAGUAGGUGGGGUAGCUGAGUGAUUCAUUGACCAUGCCUCCCAUAUACACCUCUGUGAUUGGAGGAAAACUACCAAGAAAUGGUUGCCUACGCUUGAUGAGUAAGAAGACACAUAGGAAGAUAACUUUCCUUUCAGCCUAUUUUUAACAAAGCUGGAAACAUCAAUGUGUGCUUGAUGUAAGUUGUCCUUUUGUGUAGCAUUAAAAAAAACAAACAACUAAAAGUACAGUAAGUACCUUCUGUUAAUGAAAGGCUUCAGUGGGAACACUCAUACAUUCAAGCAGAUGUGCUACCAACAUUAUUGAGUGUUAUGCAACAGUGACUAAAUGGUCAGAAUAGGCAAGUGCAGCAGAGAUUAUCAGGGCUAUCUAUCCACGGCUCAUGCUCACAGUCCAACAAAUCCAUCGACAGGCCUGUGCAUCUGUAAUCUGAUGAUUCGGGUCUGUUUGUUUCCCAAUCCCCCACCAAGCCUGUCUCAUUUCCUCUGCUGCCAUUUGCAUGCUGCAGUUAAACAAACGCAAACACUGGCUUCAUGAUAGCUUUAUACAAGCUAAGAUAAGCCUUUAUUGAUCCUAAGGAAGGAUGCUUAGGUGUUGUAGUUGCACAGGCUUAGAAUUAAUACAGGCUAAUAGAGAGAAUAUCAAAUAUUCUGCUCACAUAAAGAUGACAAAAAGAGACUGAAAAAGUCAGUUGCUUUACUGGCUAUGUUGUGGUUUGUGUCAUUAAAGUUGUGAAUUUGAUUUACUACUUUUUCUAUUUCAAGCCGUUUCUAAUUAUCUUUAUCUAUAAAAAUAAAUAGGGUUGCUAAAAUAUAUUAAAAACACUGAUCGAUUUAAAAGUCCCCCAAUAAUACAGUCAAGAUUAAAUCAGCAGUAAAGCAGGCACAACAACAAAGCAUAGUAAUCAUUGACAGACUAUUGUGUUGCAUUGUGUUACAUCAGACAGGUAACUCAAUUUGACUGGUUAUUCGGUGUAAUGCGACGCUCAACGUUGCACCACCAAACAUUAUAAAAUAACAUCAGUGGGACUGAUAGGCUCACUUAAGAAGCCUGGAUGCUAUUUCUUUUUUCUGAGUCCGCCUCCUCACUUGUGUGUUUAUCAGCGCUGUGAGGAGGACUGUUGAUAAAAUAAAAUCCAGUCCAGGCUAAAUCUGGCUGAACAUUACACUGUGAUAGUCUUAUUUUGCUCGGUCGUGUCAGAUUUUCUUGACCGCCCAGGCAACAGAAUGUUAGUGGGAGACUUGAACAAACAUUUUCAAACACGCGCACUGGCACAUAAACUCUUUUUCAAACUUGUACAUUUGGGCACACACAUGCUCGCACAAACAGUCAUAUACCCACACCCACGGUCUCGUUCUGUGUCUCCUACUCUUGCGUUUCCUUUAGGCGGCGGGUGGAGAGCUGAUGGAGGGAUAGAGAGGAGAGAUGACUGGUCAUGUUUUUUUCCUCCUGUUGUAGGAAAGAGUGACUUCAUGAGAGGAAAGAGGUGGAGGAGAGGUGGAAAGGUUUUUUCAUUGCAUGGGCACAACAGUUCCAUGAAGCCCACUGACAAUUCGACUUUUCGUAAUGUAGUUUCAGUUUGUGUGUGUGUAUUUCCUGUGACGAGCUGAUGUGGUGAGAUGGUGACCUAUUGACAUUAAAAUGUGGUUAUUGCAGAAGUCUGAUUCUGCAGCUGACUGUCUUCUGUUCAGUAUAAAUCUAGGUGGCAAUGAUAGCCCAAAUUUAUAUCUCAUGAUACUUCUGUGAUACACCUGAAGUAUUAAAAAAAACUACAACACAACACACAAAAAACAUGUUUCUAUGUCUCACCAUGCACUUAUCCAACUGUCCUAUUCUUUCUCUGCGUGCCAAAAAUGUCCCAUUACACCAGUGUGUUAAAUUUAUUGCGUGUCCCACUUGAAGCACUGACCUGAACCCCUGCUUAACCUCCUUCUCCACCUAACCAGCCAAGCAGAACAAAAUGUCAGAGUGACACGUGCUGCAAAGUACGCAUUAUUUACACACUCAGCCAUCAUUCUCAAACGGCUCUGCUGCUGUAGCAUAUUCAUGAUUUUAUAAUUGAGACAUCAUAUAUUAAAACUUAAAUUGAUGGGGGUUAUAACAAACAGUUUAAUAUCAUUUUGAAUCACCGGAACAUUUUCUCUUGCUACAUAAAUUGUCUCCUGAACUAUCACACUCUCUCUGACCCCUGCAAAAAAAAAUAAAAUUGCUUUUUUUAGAGUUUCAGUCUGGAGGAAGGGCUCAGACAGAGAGAAAAUCAGAUAUUUUACAACCUUUGCUUGCUGUGUAUAUAUAUAUAUCGUUGAACAGUCUUGUUAAGAUUAAUAUUAAGAUGAAAUUAAUAAACUCAAGGAGAAUUGGGGAAUGUCACAGAGCUUCUUGUGCCAUCUUAUUGUCUCUCCAUCCCUCUUUUUUUUCACCUUUUCCUGACCUCUUUUUUUGCUUUUCACUGUGUCAAACUGUUUCUCAAGUUUCUCAAAAAUAACCCGCAGAUCUUAUUCAAAGAUUGUGUGAAAAGUAGAGAAAUAAAUGCAAAGGAAGCAUUUGGAGCAGACAGCCGUGUGCAGUGGGAAAUAUGAAUGAGGACACUGCCUGACUAAGCUGCUCUGUUGUGUGUGAUCUAUACUUGGCUAGACACCUAUAAUCCUCUUUUCCCUCAUAGAAUAGAAUCCACUCACCUGAACCAUCCACAACUGCUGACUCCUAAUAGUCUUUUCUGUUGACUUAUUUUAGAGCAGCCCUCAAUAGUCUGAAUUUCUCCUCGGUGGCAAACAGGGUUUUCAAGGUUGAUUAGAUAAAUGCUGAUAAAUUGUCUAAGGUUAGAUGCAGCCUCUUGUGUUUCGCUCGAAACAUUUGCUCUUUAUAUUUUUACUCCAGUGGGCCGCCCGCGCUAACCCCGCUCCCUCCUUAUCUCUCUGUUGCAGGGUUCGCCUUCCCGGACUGGGCCUAUAAGCCUGAGUCGAGUCCGGGGUCCAGGCAGAUCCAGUUGUGGCACUUUAUCCUGGAGCUGCUUAGAAAAGAAGAGUACCACGAUGUCAUCGCCUGGCAGGGGGACUAUGGCGAGUUUGUCAUCAAGGAUCCAGAUGAAGUGGCCCGGCUGUGGGGGGCCCGGAAAUGUAAACCCCAGAUGAACUACGAUAAACUGAGCAGGGCACUGAGGUAAAAUGACAGGGACGCUUGUUUCAUUUAGCAUCUGUAUGUUGAAACGAGUGAAACUUAUGGAGGCACAUUGACAAAGAUUUACCAGAUGCUUAAAUGAAAAGAGCCCACACACUUCAGCUGAAGGAUUCAUCGAAAAAGACCUUGCAGUAGGGCUGCAAAAAACAACACACAAGACUCUUUUUAGCGUUUAGAUAGUUUAAGCUCGAAUAUAAAUCUACACUGCACUUUUUGUAGAAGUGGUAGGUGGAAGAAAAUCAAAUUUAUAACUCAAGACGGAAAAUAUACUUCAUUAAUUAAAACCUCUGACUCAGACUGGUAAAGACUUUUAUGAGUAAUCUAUUUAAGACACCCACAUUGGGUUAGGACACAGGUCAGACCCCCACUGGAAACAGGCCUUGCAGUAAAAACACUUCACACAGAGUCACAGUCUUGUCGUGUGGUGCCGGGUCAUGACUUGGACAGCGGACAGAAGUAGAGGCCUUGACGGUCUGUCCAUCGGGGGAGUGUAAUUGCACUUGGGACACUAUAGGUCAUCUUCUUGGAAGUGGAUGAGUCUGAGAUAGUGUGCUUGGUAUUAAACAUGUAUUGUUAGGUUCACCUGUCCAUGGUACAACUCUUGAACUCGCGGAUUUAGGCCACGGUGCUUUUGCCAAGAGAGAAAAACCUCUUACCCCAACUAGUUGGGCAGGGAACACUUCGAAGAACUCCUGAACCCAGCUGUAAAGGAGGUCAAGUCUGGAGAUAAUCCCCAACAUUUUUGGGGGCUAAGCAAUUUAUCGCCUGCUGGCGUGGUAACUGUAAUGUUUACGUAGGUAAUAGUCACACGACAGGAUGUACAAAACACGUCAAAAUGCCACUUCCAUGUUUUCCAUGAUCGAUUUUCUUUUCAUCGAUUUUGUUUUCAAUGUAGGGUGAACUAAAAAAACAAAAACACAUAAAGCAGAUAGUUUUUCUCGUGGUGCUCAUAGAGCUGUUAUGCUCUCAAGUUUCACUCUUUAAGGUUCUUUAUUAUGAGGCCAGCUAUACUACAAACUUCCACCCAACUACCGUUUCUGCAUGCCUCGGCACCAAUAGCACCCAGCCAAGUCUAUAAUACUGCUGCAAAAGUGGACCUGGCCUCGUGCCUUCACCCUGGGCAUACCUGGACAAGUAUAGUUACAACACUGACCUGUUUGGUGGGUCACACCUCAAAGGUUUUAUACCUCUGGUUGCAAGCUCAGCAAAGCCCAUUAGUGUGUUACGGCAGCUAUUUGGCGCAGUAAAUGUUUUGACCCCAGUUUCAAGUUCAGGUAUAAAUAUCUCAUGAAAAUGUGACUCAUGUGUUAUGAUGGUGUUGCUUUUUGCUCAUCAUUGAUGCUGGAGGGGAGAAUAGGCGCAAGCUUUUGUCUUUUUUUGGGGCGUUAUGCAUCCAAAGUUCCUCCCACCUUGGCAGUAAGUAUUGUUGUUAACAGUUUGUUAUUUCUGCGGAGACUUUUGGCUGAAAGAGAACUAAACUAAACAGUCAAUUAUUUUUAGGCUACAUUGGAUUGACUGCAUUUAAGGAAGUAAUAUUGACAUGUCAGUAUCUGUGUCAGUCAGUGUAACUUCAUAACAUUGUGACACAAUGUGCUGAACUGUGUCAUGUGUCCCCUGGCUUGUUGUUUAUGCCCACUAAGAUUAGACUAAGCACUUUAAAGAAAGCCACAUUGCCCAUUAAAGCAGGGAUAUCUAUGGAGUCGCUUAAUUUAGGUUUGGAAGGCUUAUGGAUGCUCAUUUAAGCAUGCGAGAUCAAGAUAGCUUCUGUUACGGAUCACAUGCAACAAGGACAGGGAAGCGAACACGCACUACUUAUGUGCGCAUACAUGCGAUGCGCACAUACAUUCGGCUUUAUGCGUACGGAUUUAGAGUCUAAAUUAGAGAGAAAAGAAUAAGGAUGGGCAGGCUGUGUAUUUAUUUAUAGCUUGUCCAUCCUGUAGAGCUGUAACAGAUUUGGAGCUUAGGCUGCAGUAAGUGCUUAUAUAUAGUGAGUCUUAGUGCCCUCUGAUGGCCUGGCCUCAGAGGCUGAUUACCAGCAAGUUUUCAACACAGGAGUUUCCUCUUAGGUUCUCUCUGUGUCCUCCUCUACCCUCCUUCUUUGUCUCUAAAUUAAGCAAAGUCACUCCAGGCUUAUAUUGAGAAGGCCAGGUCGACAAAAACAACACACACGCGCACACCUAUGUCCAUCCAGUCACCUGAAUUGACACCAGAACUGUCGUCAGUCCCGCACCGCAAGAGGCCCUGGAAAUGAAGCCUCUCAAGACGCACAUAAAUAGUAAUGUGGCGAGAGGAUUAAUGGCACUAAAGAUUAAUGAAGUUAUACAGGAGGCACACAAAUCCACAUGAGCAUGCUUACAGUCCCAACAAGCUGCAGACUGUUAGGGAACAGGCCACCCCCGUGCCCUUCAUGUGGAGAAAAGCUGGAGUCUGCUAAUAAAGGCGAGCACAGUCAGCAUGUGGUAAUUAGCAUACACACACAUGCUUACAUACUUGAAAAGGAACGCCUGUUUUUGAAGUGCUCUUUUUAUCACUUAGCCUUUGUAAUCAUUAUUUUUAACUCUGUGAUCUUUCCUGUCUGCCAUGCACAUGGUGGAAAUUCCCUUUAUCAGGAAUCAGGGCCGCUGUAUCGUGUGUGUUUGUGUGUCUGUGUGUUGUGUUUGUGUGUGUGUGUGAGAGUUGGCUUUCUGUUGAGGGGACACAGCCUCAGCUCAUGCGUCAUCUUUGGUCUCCCGCUCCCACGGCCGCUGUGAAAUUCCCACUCCUGUUGAGAGGACUGCGCUCACAUUGGCUGCGUGUGUGUGUGUAUGUGUGGAUAUUUGUGGAUGUGUGCGGACAUCCUUGAUGUUUGGAGAAGUUUACCACUGUUUCCUCGGCUUGUUUUGUUGAUUUAUUGAUGAAGGAUUUUGUUGCCAUGUCUUUUUUUCCAAUGAGCCAAAUGCAUAAAAAGGUCAGCGCGGUUGUACUAUUUUGGUCCAGCUCAUGAAUGAAAAGAGGGACAUUGUUAUUUAUCACUAUCUGUGUUUGUCAAGAGGAAUUAUACGUUAGCUUGAGGAAGUAAACCUGUCCACAAAUAAAAGACAGAGCCCUCCCCUGUCUCUUGUUAAUGAGACCUACACAGCAGAGUCAGGAAGAUGAAGCCUGGUGCCAAUCAGUCAUUUAAGAGUGCUGCCUGACUUAAUGAGUGUAAUCAUGCUAAGAGGUCCCAGUAUACCAAGGGACCUCCAGGCCCCCCCCCUUGUCCUGGAGUCAGCAGCCAGCAUUUGCUCCAACAUGGCGGUCAGAGGUCAGGGGUACUGCCAUGCACAGCUGGCAAAGAUUAACAUCACAGCACAUGUGCUCAUUCACAUACACAAAUGCACCAUUGUACACAGGACUCUUGCCUGUGCAUGCUUGUGUGCACACAUGUUUGUAGUGUUUGCUUCAUUUCCAACAUUCAGUUCACGGUGACGAAGCCGCCUCGGCUGGAACUCUGCCCACAUAGUAGGACAGAAAUAGAAUGGAAGUUCUGUGAAAAAACUGGGUAUGGUAAAGCUGAAAAUGGACUACACUUUCAUGAUAACGUUUUAAUCGUAUUAUUUAUUGUAUCUAAAACAAACAAGUCAUGGCUCUCAACUGACUUUGUUUUACAGGAAGGUGCCUUCUUGACACUUUUAUCUGCUAGCAGGUGUAAGAAAAAAAAAUUGCUGUUUGAAAAAUGUGCUGCCAAAAAGGAAAGCUUGGACUAAGAUUGUAGAAAUCAGAGAAGAAAAACUGGGCUUUAAGCAAGCGCAAGAGAGAAUGCAUGAUAGAAGACACUCUACAUGACACUCACAUUUUUGGCCAGACAGACUGUAGAGAUGAAAGCUAAGCUUGAAAAGGCCUGGUUUUGAUAUUUGCCAGGUUAAAUGAUGAUCAGACCUGUUUUUACAGAGGAAUAGUCUCAAAAAUCAGAGUACUCCCUCUCUUGCUGUUUAGUGGUAUCAACUUUUCAAGAUACAUGGACAAAACUCGGUUUAUAAAACUGCAUUUAAGGUCGAACUUUACUGACCACAUCUCCAAAACCCUGUGCAGGACAUUCUGCUGCAUAUGCUCACAGUGUUAUUCAUCCCUCUGGCCAGGCCUGUUUGUAGGUCAGAAGGCCUCUCACCGCAGCAGCAGAGCUUUGUGUGGAAACACCCAGGGCCAGGGAGAAAGUGCAGAGGGAGCACCCAGGGACAGUACCACUGUAUGACUUUGUGUUCAACGCACAUACAUCAGUUUGCAUUGUCUUUCCAUUGUCUGCGGCUGCUGUGUGCAUGUGUCCAGUGUACAUGUUGUGUGAACGUCAUUGUGACCAACUGAAUGAGGCCUUUAUUUUGUUGGAGGGCGGCAUGCACACACACCAGAGUGUACUCAAGUACAUAUUCACACCCACAGAGCAUGUGACUGGCCUAAUCAUACCCUGACCAGAUCUCCUCUUCACACACAAACACACAUAUACAUAUUUACCCCUCACUCUCUCUCACACACACACACACAAAGCAUGUGACACCUCGCCUUAUCGUACCCCCACCCUGCCCACAUCACUGCACAAACAGAUUUUUAUGUCCUUUUUGAGACGGUUCACACUCACCAAACCUGGCCUCCACACAAAACACUCUCACAUGUGCAUCAUUAACACACAUACACACACCUGAGCGUGAGCAGCUGGUCUGUGUGUGUGUGUGUGUGUGUGUGUGUGUGUGUGUGUGUGUGUGUGUGUGUGUGUGUGUGUGUGUGUGUGUGUGUGUGUGUGUGUGUGUAUAGAAGGAUCUGGACGUGAUGUGUGUGCAAUAGCCAAUGCUGACGAAAGAGGCAGAAAAUAAACACGGGGCUCAUGGGGAGUAUUGUAAUCCCGACUUCCUGUCACAGUCAGCGCCUAUUUACAACCCAACAAUGGAAAGGCACAGCCUGUCGACACACACCAACAAACACAUGCACACACAUACACUAACACACACACACGGGUUAGUGUACUUUGUUUUCAGUGUUGACAUUUGUGUGUGUAUACAAAGUGAUACAGAAAUAGAUUGGUGAUCUAAUACACAUAUCAUAUUAUAGGUAAUACAAAACGUUGUCAAUAAUACCAGGCGGCUCUUUUUUCCAACCAGAAUCACAGAUAAGAACAUUCAGUCCAGAAACAUCUCAGAAGUUAGAUGACUGCUGUGUGUCUAACCAACAUCAAAACAUUACAGCAUUUUUAAACACGUUUAUUACAGCUGAGUGUUCAACAGGAGCAUUCAGGGAGCUGUGAUGGCUGCAAACAAACAAACUUAUUGUCACCUAAAGAAUUGGCUUGAUUUUGCCCUAACCCUUUGUUCACAUUUUUAGCAACUUGGUCGAUGAUGACUCAGUAAAUACAGAAGCAUCCAACAGAGCCAAAGAACAGAGCGACUACUUUUAAGGAUCAAGUUUAUAUAAAAAGAAGUAAAUUUUUUUCUAAAUUACACCAUCCAGUUUAUUUUAACCAUGACUUUCCGGUUUUACAAUAUCAAUUAGUUAUAAUACAGGUAAAUAUGAAGAUACUCAAAUUUACCACUAAUGUGUUGCUAAUGUUUAGAGUAGAACGGUGUCUAAUGGAGUGUUCAAAAGCACUUGGGAUGCCUUUUUCUGCACGUCAUGAACUUCUAAUCGAAUGUGAAUAACUGGGCAUUUUCUGUAAUAAAGCUCAGAAUUACUCAUAAUUAACAUUGAUUAAAUAAAGUAGUUACUUAACAUGAAAUUACUACCUUUAUAUGCCUGGCUCAGUAGUAUAGAAAACACCAACUGAGCAAAGCAUGUACAGAUCAUAUUCUAUGCACUAACGCUUCCUCUCUUAUUAUGAAUGUAUUGUACCGUACGACUACAAGUAUUAAUAACAAGUUUAGCAGGAAAUCAAUGGAAAGAAAUCAUGAGUUCAGGUGCAGAAUAAGAAAGUAUGACACCGUUUAAGAAAAUGAGGGUCAAGAUGACUAAUAACUCUGGGGUGUCUCUCUUUAAAAUGACUUCAGACUUGGCUAAAAUGCUGCCGUGAUCAUUCAUUGCAACAGAGUUCCUGCAGUCCAGUGUGUGUGAGUGUGUGUGUAAGUGUGUUUCUGCUUUGAUCAUAGUAUUUUGGACCACAGCAGGUCUGUGUAAUCGCAGCCUUAAUCCCUGGCCUAGAAUCACACACAGAAACAACAGACUUGAUAGAAAGCCUCAGCUCUGUUUCCCUGAAGGCUUUGCCUAAAUCCAUACUCGCAUUGAUUGUUCAAUCUACUCUUUUGGUUAAACAGGGAGCGGGAUAAAGCCGCAGUUCCAGGAUGAUACGCUCUACGGGUGUGUGGGGGCACAUGCACCCAUGUGUUUGACUACGUCUGAAUGAGAUGACAGUUACAGAGUCAGGGCAGGAAAGAGGUGUGUGCGUCUGUAUGUGUGCAUGUGCAAGGCGAGUGCGGUGGGCAGCUAAACACAGGCACUCAAAGAAUCUCUUUCUUCUCUUUUGAAGUGAGUUCAAAUGCUCUUCAAAGACUGUCUGCCUGUAUGACAGAGCAGGAGGAGGGGGCUUGGAGAGCAGCGAGUGGGUGACCAUGUGCUCUAGACGCACCUUCGGUCGCUGCAGCUGUGAUUACGUUAAAGUUGUCGUCUGCUCCUAAAUUUUAAUUUCAGCAAUCUCUCUGUCAGCCACAUGUUUAAGUGCACACUAAACUGUAGCUGGUUAUGCUCCCUACUGAGCCAGAGUCACACAGAUGUGCCAGGACGGUGAUAUUAUUAGCUUUUAAGAUGUGUGCAAACUACACCCUCAUUUUCCACAACUUUAGAUAACACCUCUGAUCAACUGCUGUCUAAAACAGUGUAAGAAGUGAGAGGACUUAUUAACUCCAUGAUCAUUUUUGCAGCCUGUGGUAGUGAUGAAUACUGGAGAAAACUUAAAAACUCAGUUAUAUCGUGUUUUAGUAGGUUUAGCAGAUGUCAGAAGUAGAUAAAAGUUAAUUUUUAGGGUUUAUAAUUCUGCUAUAUGAUACAUAUCUUGGGUUUUGUUUUCUCUCUACCCGUGCAGUGUGUAUCUAUAUUUAUACUAGACCCAAGCACAGCCUGUUGACUUUUUUAACCAUCAGCUAAUUCAAUAACAGUCCUGUUGUGAUUUUAAUUCUGCUUGACUUCCUGCCUGUCUCCGUCUUUCCCCUUGCUCCUGACUGCUUCCCUCCCCUCCUUCCCGGCCCUUGUGAGUGUCUCCCCUAGAGCAGAAAUUACAUGCUGCUUUGUGCCUGGCGUAAACAAUGUUUUCAACAGUGCAGGCCUGUCCUGUCUCUCCCUCUCUCAUCGCCUCAGGGGAAUGAGUGGAGAGCGCAGGGAGAGGGAGAGUUGGCAUAAAGAGGGGGAGGAGGAUUGAUGAGAGAAAAGGGAGAGAGAGAGAGACAUCAAGAGAAUAAAAGGAGGAGAGGAGAGGGGUUGAAGAGAACAAGAGGGAAAGAGCAACAGACUGUUCCUUGAGCAAAAAAUGGCCCAACCAGUCUGCGUAAUAAGCAUAAUAAGAGGGGGUGAAGGGCGACACCUCCCCACCACCAAACAGACACACAUACACCGCCGUCUGGAUAACUACCAUUCAGUGUAAUGAUAGUCAAUGGGCUCUGAUUAUCUCAGCAUUACCUACAUACCCUGAAGCCCCUGUCUUUGUCAGCACACUUCACUUAACUUGUGCCAGCAGACACAUGCGGGAAGAAAGGAAAUCAGAGUCUCGUGCAGUAAAAACAGGUAGGCAUGCAGACAUGAUGAGCAAAUGUUCAGUCUAGUUAAAAUCUCGUGUUUAAAAAAGCCAGGGGUAGUGUUCAGCAUUUAGGUCGUAGUUUUGGAGAGCACGGAGCGCACACUUGUUGUCUCCCUCGCAGACAAAACACAACAUCUUUAUUCCUUUCUUGCUCUUUAUCUCCUCUUCUUUCCUUCGUUCUGUCUGUGUGAGGCCUGGCAGCCAGGGAUCUAGAGGUUACAUAAAGUGGAUGUGGAUCUGGGGAAGAAAGCAGAGAGAUGUUACAUAAAGAGCUGUAGCUGGACAAAGGUUAAUAAAAAUGGAGCCUUGUACUGUAGGCAGGAGGCAUGGGAGAGAGAAAGCUUGAAAAAAAAAAAAAAAAAACAGAAUGGCCAUUACAUAAACAGAUAAAGAUGGGGUGAAUUAUUGGUGGCUCUGCUUUAGAGUUACAUAAAGAGAUGGGUCCAUCUAGCAAAAUGAAUUACAGCGUGUGUGUGACGCUUGUCAGAUGAAAUCUGAACUUAAAAGACCUCAAAAGACAUAUUCUUUUCUGAUUCCCGACUGUGUUUUACGCACUUGGAUUAGUGAAGGUACCACGCAAUCUAAGUCCACCAAAGGUAUCACGAGUCACACACACCCACUGUCAAACAUGCAUGCAACACUUCAUAUACCCCUGUGCCCUCACAAUCCUCUGGUAGCCCACAUUCGGCCACAUUGUUAAAGCUGCACACGUUGACGUCUGAUCUUUUAAUUGUUUGUUUAUCCCUCUAAACAUCACAGCUCAGUCCAUCCACAGCUUCCCAUCAUCUAUCUGCUUUCUCUUUAUUCUUCUUCUUCUCUCCCUUCUUCCUCCUGCUCCCCCCCCCGCCCCCCAUUACUAGGUCUGCUUUGUGCAAAUGUCAUACAACACUCCCUAAUAUCUAUCAUUAGAGGGGGGAGGCGACAUGAAAGACUCAUGCUUAUUAAAGUGUGUGCUUGAGUGUGCUGGCGCAUCUGUGAUACUUAAUAAAAAAAGGGAAAAUGAUAUUUUAAAACGAGGUGUACAUUUGUGACGAAUGAAGACUUUAUAUUUCUGCUGGUAUCUAAACUGUUGCAUAAGACAUUAUGCAGUCAGUUAUUCAACUCUUUGAUGUGUCCUCAAAUUUACCUUUACAUGUCAUCUGCAUAUGUGAACCCGGCGUCUUCUGUUGUCUUUUCUUGACCAGAUACUACUACAACAAGAGGAUCCUCCAUAAGACCAAAGGCAAGAGGUUCACCUAUAAAUUCAACUUCAACAAACUGGUUUUGGUCAACUACCCCUUCAUUGACAUGGGCUCCACUGGUAAGCCUGGACAGUCUGGUGCUGUGUGUUUGUGCGUGCCUGUGCAUGUUCAGAUAUCUCUUAAUCCCACAAUAGGAUAGCAUGAUUACAUAGGAUUACACAGGAGAGCAUUAUAUAUCAUUUCUCAGUAUUCUCUCCCUCUUUUCUGAUUCUGGCUCCCUCCCCUGACUCCACUCUCCAGGAAGCAGCGUUCCUCAGAGCGCCCCUCCCGUACCUACCGGUGCAGGGACCCACUUUCGCUUUCCUCCUUCAACACCCUCCGAAGUCCUCUCCCCGAAUGAAGACCUGCGCAGCCCUGGCGGCAUGUUCAGUUCCGUGGCCAGACGCAUGGCACGUGGCUCGGUCAGCGACUGCAGCGACGGCACCUCUGUCAACUCUGAGAUUGAAGAAGGUAACACAGGGGCAGGUGAGGAGAGGGGAGAGAGAGGAAUGAGCGGAGGAGGAGGACCUGGAGGUGGAGGAGGCGGUUACAGAAGCAUCAUUCAUCCUCGUCUUUCACAUGAAGCCCUGUUCCGCAUGUACGGAGGACCAGGAAACCCUGCCGGGCACCCAGGCUCCAGAGGCCCCACAGGACACAGGAUCCACCCAGAGCCCUUGUCCCCCUUCCCUGUGUCACCUCUACCAGGGCCAGGAGGAGCGGGGCUUCUAGCACCUCCUUUGUCUCCAGCCCUGUCAAUGACACCAACAUCUCACCUCCCUUACACUCCCUCGCCCACACUGUCACCCAUGUUAGGUUCCCACUUUUCUUUCAACCCCGAGGACAUGAAGCGCUACCUGCAGGCCCACACCCAGUCGGUGUACAACUACGGCCUGAGCCCCAGAGCCUUCCUCCAGUACCCCAACAUCGUAAUCCCCCAGCCACACCGGCCGUCCGCGGACAAAACCCUGGCAGGAGAGAGAGGAGAGAGAGCAGAGCGAGUAGCAGCAGGAGGAGGAGAGAGGGGAGGAGAGCGGCACCACCACCCACCUCUGGCCCAUUCGGCCCACCACCACCCACAUCCUCAUUCUGCCCAUCCUCAUCCACACUCGCACCCCAUGCACCACCCCCUCCACCUGGGUGAAGAGCCUCCACACCUGUCUCCCUUCAAGUUCAAGCUGCAGCCGCCACCGCCCGGCAGGAAGCAGAGGGACAGUCAGAGCCAGAGCAAAGCCAGGCAGAGCUCCAUGUCCUCAGGCUCAGGAUCAGGAUCAAUGUCAUCUACCUCUGGCCUUGGCUCCUCGCUGUCGUUUGGCAGCGACCUGAGCUCAGCCAGCGGCUCAGGCCUCAUCUCUGCCUCCUCCUCAACGCAGUCUCUAAACAGUGCAGGACUUCCCAAGAUUAAGGUAGGACACAUGGAUUUAAAUUUCACUCUUGGUUUUUCUUGUGAAUGAUUAAAAAUUAUUAUUAUGAAUUCUCUCUGAUCCUUCUCGAAGUUCACCUCUGUCUCCCUUCUUUAUUGAUACGUCCUUCCAGGUGGAGCCCAUUUCUGACAUUGAGUCAGAGGAAGAGGUGGAGGUGACUGACAUCAGUGAUGAGGACCUCGAUGAGAGAGACGAAGAGUUUGAUCUGUUUUCCCCUCGCCACUCCAGGGCCCCCAACCACCACCACCACCACCACCUCCACCAUCAUCAUCACCAUGCUAACGGCACUGCAGCCCCCCAACAUCACCCCCACCCGGAUGAGGACCUUGAUGAGGAUGUCUUCAAAGCCCCUGCUCCACCUCCACCUGGCCUGAUGCCUUUCUUCACAUCUCAUCAUGUGCACUCCAAUGUGCACCGUGUGCUGCCUACCCUCAAGAGUGAACCUACUGAACCAGGGGACGGUCACACACCUCCACCUCAGACAGGCUCCCAGACAAAGUGCAUCCCUCUAAAGCUGCGCUUCAAAAGGCGCUGGAGUGAAGACCAGCGCAUGGAGGCCUCACAGGAGGAGUCAGACGACAAGAAAGUACGACCACAGGAGGAGAGAGAAAGAGAGAGGAGAAGUAACGGAAGGAUGGAGAUGGAUGAUGACGGGACAGGCAGCGGAGAAGGAGACAGUCCUCCCCCACUGACAUACGAGGGUUCUUUAACCACGCCGUUGUCCUCGCAGCGGAGAGUGAGCGCUGAGCUGCAUCGUGCCACUGCGCAGUUGUCUCUGGAAAACAAAGACUGCUGAUAAGUGACACAAACACUACUGCUCCAGUGGCACUGGAGGUGGUGCAGGACUGUGUAAAUGGUUCCUUUGCAAUCCCUCACCCACACUGACAGACUAGAUUCCUGAAAACUCCAGUGAAAUGAGAGCACAGUCCAACACACACACACAUAUUAAACCUACACCUCAGAGACAACCUGACUCUUGUUUUGUCAGAUCUUUUACCAGGCCUCAGUCUGGAUCAGAGUUUCUCUGGGACACAUCUUUGUUUUGGGAGGUGAGACGAAGCCAUCCCAGAGCAGUGACUGUAACAGGUGUGAAAUCUAAGGAUCAGAGGCAGGCUCAUCUUGUGAAACUUGGCUCCAAGUUCACCUCCCACCGGGUCAGUGAAGCUCCACAUAUUCUGCACCAGUAGCACAGCUCCCUUCAGACUCCAACAGUAAAAUCAGCAGCACUUUUCCUCAGGGGACACACACUCCCUUACAGCCCAGAAACACACCUUGGAUCCCAUUGUACACACUUUCCCCUCUGUUAUUUUCCAAUUAGCUGGUGGGACUUUGAUAAGUGCCUGUAUCUAAAACCCACAGCCAUGAAGGGACAAGGAAGAGAGCAAGGAAAGGAGAGGACUGCUAUGAUUGAUCAUUCAACUCAUGAAACACUUGUAAAAUUAGUAAGAUACCGACAAAAGGAAAGUGCGUCUACAUGACUGAAGAGUGGGGCUGAUGGGUGUAUUCUGACAAACUCCUUAACCUGGCCCACUCCACUCAGGGAAGCCUAUCGCUGUACGUUUAUUGGAAUCAUGCACACAAACACACACAGGCAGAAGAACAGCCAACAGUGAGGGGAACUCACAAUGGAAAACACACGCACACACACCGUCUCGCACACUGUUCUCUUUGAGCUUUGACUUUUGUAUAACCUUUUCCUGUCUCUCUCCUGUCCUGCUAGUCUUUCUCUUGCGGACCACCUGUGGAAACAUCAUGACUCCACUCAAAAGAAAUGAUUUUUACCCCAGGGAGAUGUGAGUCAUAUACAGAGGAGAAUCCAUUGUAGAAAAAGGACCGCUUAUGGGACCAAGAGUGGGGGAAGGGGUUGGGGUUAUAGAGGGAGGGGUUCUAGUAACUGUUAACCAGCCGCCUCACCUCACGUAAUACGGCUUGUAUACUGACAAGAAAAUAAAAUCUCUGCUGGCCGAGCAGCACAGAAUACUAGUUCACCAGCUCAAGCUCCUCUAACAAUCAUUAAUUGUGUAAAAACUAAACCAGCAAAGACACACAAACACACAUGCACAACACUGCCUUUAGCUCUUAAUCCCACCCACCCACCUCUGUCUGGGCCUCCAGUGUUCUGUGUAGUGGCAUCAACCUCAGGCCCUGAGAUUGUCUGAGACUGCCAGGUCUAUUAACUACAUGAGAGCCUGAGAAAGCAGGGGACAUCUUUAGACCUCACACACACUCACAUACACACACUGCCUCUCUUGCCUUGUUUUUAUAGCAUGUAUAAAAGUGCAAACUGAGCUCUAAUAACACACAUACAAAAUAUAUCUUUAUAUAUUCUAAAUGAAAUGAUUACAUAAGAUUUUAAAGAGAACCAUAGCAUUUAAAGACAAGCGAUUCAGGAUUUUUUAAGUGGAUUAUUUUGAGCGAUUAUAAAAACGUUAUAAAUGGAGGGUGGGUGGGUACCAUGAAGAGGGGUAGGGGUCAAGUUUUAUUUCUUGUAAAUUUGUUUCAUAGACAAACAAGCCACAAGACCAGCACAGGACUCGCUCAGCUGUUCACUUUCUUUUCAGAUGGCAGCACAGUGCUCCUUCCAGUCUGUACAGUCUGUACAGUCUAGCUCUUUGUAUGUGUGUGUGUGUGCUCAGCGAUGGCUCAAGGGUUAUAGGGUAAGCAGUAAUCCUGUGUUUUCUUUUAGUCCAGUUACCAUAACCCUCCAAAGUUCACAGCAGCUCUGAAACAGGGCAAAGGAGAAGUAGAGGCUUAGGGGGUUAAUUAUUACUGUACGUCAGCCGAGAACAUGUGAGACCCUGUCCUGAAAAGCCCCUUCUCUCCAACUAUGCACAUUCUAUACACAAACAGAUUGUGGUUAUUUUUUGAUGUCCUGGAGACCAGGUCAUCGAGGUGGGGUCUGACUGGUUAACCAAGCCGUGCUGACCACGUCCUGUCCCUGCCACGAGACAGAUCUGUCGCGGCAAACUGUGACAUUGAUGGCCUCCAGGCAGUCUGUGUAGCUGAGCUGAUUGAAUUUCCUCGUCAGAACCCUGUGGGCUGGACUGGAGCAUGUCACAACACACACACACAUACACUCAUACCUACUCUCAAACACACACCCUCCCUCACUAAGUCCUGUGUCCGUACCUGAACUGACAGCUGCCUUAUUACUACUUGUCAUAUCUGAGCAACAGCUGAGGCAUCAGUCUUACCUGCUCUGCACUCUUUCCCCCUCCUUUCAGUUUCCUUUUUUUCUUUGCGAUGUUGUCAGACAUCCUGCUAACUGAGAUACACUCUGCCUGAGUCAUGAUAUUGCAGGGUAAAACGAUUGAUUGGACUUUUGAUUGUACCAGAGGCUCUCCUUCAUCCUGUGCAGGCCUCUACAGUCAAAGAACAGCGGAUAAACGGCAGGAUUUCAUUUCUCUUUCAAAAUAAAAAAAGGUUUCUCAGUUUAUUUUUCUGAUGUUGAUAUUGCUAUUGAUAAUUGUUGGUAUUAUUAUUGUUCUCAUUGGGUUAUUAACCUCUCCACCUGGCAUUAUUACUAUUCCAUGGCUCUGUUAGCUAAUGCUUUUAUGUUGUGUACAUCCAAGCUCCUAUAUCCUGUUUCAGAUCUUCAAGCCCCCUAAACCAGAGACAUUUUACUUGUUUUUAGUUUUUACAAAUGUAAAAUAACAAAAAUGUGUAACAUUAAUUAUGUUGCUGACAGAAGUAACACAGGGGGCUCAGAAGCCAGUGUAUGAUUUUAUUUAGAGAUAAGGGUGGGAGUGAUUUUAUCUGUUAUGUAUUGUAAUUUUUGUUUUAUAAUGUUACUAUUUUCUCUCUCUUGCUCUUGAAAAUUUCUUCUACUAUUUUUGGAGGGGGGUGGGGAGGGGUGGGUCAUUUUAAAAGAGGAAAAAAGAUGUGUACUGUUUGACUGUGUUAAGGUCUAUCUUCACCCUCUUUUGGUCUGUUCUUUCGCCUUGUCUCCCCCGAGCAGUUACAUAACACUCAGAUGGAGAGAUGAGAGUUAAUACCAUGAUGUAACAUUGAAUUUCUCCACUUGUUUCAUGUUUUUUUUCCAAACUUGUAAUUAAGCUGUAAUCAGGGUUAAUUAAAAGUGGUUGAAACCCAAUAUGAAUAUCACUGUACUUGUUUAUGUCUCCUUUUUUUAAUGUCCAUGUUUAUUAACAGCACAUAUAAUUAGUGAGAGGAGUUGUAUUACCAGGUUUAUUUGUAAACAGAGAGAUUAGAUCCUGACUUAUAUUUCUUGUGAACAACAAGCUGACAGACAUAUUAGGCUCCUUGGUGUUUCUGCAACUGUGUCAAAAUUAAAGUUGAUUAAUAAAAAGAAAAAACUCACACUGAACAACCAACUUUUACUUUUUAGGAGGUAGUUAGUAGGGCUGGAAGGAUAUGCUUUUCUCUCGAUUAGAUUGUUUUAUGAUUUUUUGGAUGCCAAUUUGAUUUAAAUUGAGAUUCUACGAUAUUGUCGAUUUCCUUGAUUUUAGUCUGCGUUUUUAACACCAGUGACAAUGGUUACGAUUGUCUUCUGACUAUUCCAGGAACCAUAUUUCCCCCCAAAAUACACAUCACAUGUAAGUCAGUUUUUAAGAUUUAUUCCUAAAUAUAAAACAAAAUCGAUUUUUGAACAUAAAAAUAGAUUUAAAAAUUGUAAAACAAAAAAUAGCAACACUUAUGUGAAUCGAUUUUUUUCUCCCACCCCUGA